AUGGAAAAAGCCAACAACCCUGGGGUGAUUGAUAAUGAAGUCAAAGCGAAUGGGGAGGCGGGAAACAUUUUACUAGUGUCAAGGGACCUGCAGGCGGCAGUGAGAAAAAUGUCUCCCCUGGAGAGUGGCAGGAAUAUCCCUUCAAACAUGACUGACCUCAGUCCAUGGAAUUUGGAUGGCUUGCAAGCCUUUGGAGUGGUUUUUUUGGAGUGGUUUUUCCUAGAUGCACACAGGUUGGGAAACAAGAUUUAUUUUAAGACUUGAGGCUACUGAGCGGCGUUUCUGAGUCCCCCUGAGGAAAUUACAUUUUGCUUGUCUGUUUAGAAUUGUGCCAUAAUAGGAACUUUCAUUCCUUGUUCUCUUAUUUAGGGAUUAUUUAUGUGUGCGUGUGUGCUAAUCACUUGGAGGCAUCCAGCAGUGGCCAUCACAGAUCUCACCACACAGAUGGAAGUUUGGCAUAAACUAAAAAUCCAGUUCUUCUCAGUGGAGUCAGUUAAUCCAGGGUACAGUGAUCUAGAAUAGGGAAAUCCAAGUUGAUUCAGGGGUUGUGUGAAAUAAUGCUGGGUCAGACCUCGCCUCCUAUUUUUGUGAAAGUCUUUGCUCCCUGUGAAAGAGGUAUUUUUUCUCUCUGCUUCUUUCACAGGAAGCAGAAAAACUUUGUUCAGAAUUUGUUGGUUUGCGGCAAGAGUAGUGCUUACCUUUAUUUAAGUGAACAAGGCGGCUGAGGGGGUCUUCUCUGCAGGUCAUUUUUCUUUUAAAGCCCACUUGCAGCCGUGGAAGGCGUCUGGCACAGCAGCGCUUCCUGAAAUGAGCACGUCACCACCGCAAAACUUCCCAUGGUCAUUCCAGGAAGUACUGGGAGCCUGUGUGCAAAGAGCCAUUGGCCAGGGUGAGCACAGGCAGGGCUUUUCUUGAACAGCUUCUUAAAACCUUUUCUCUCUGCCACUCUUUCCAAAUAUACAGUCUGCCUAAAAGUGCGUCAUCAUGCUGGUGUGAAGCUGUCCCUAGUAGAGACGCUGAUGAAGAUACUGGGCUGUGCUCAUGUGCUUCCCAAGACUCACUUCAAAGGAGAAGAGGUUUUAGGGAUUUGGCAUUAGGCCACAUGGCCUACCACUGAGAUGGGCACCCAGGGAAAGGACUGCAUGAAUGCAAGGUGUUGUUACUACGGUAAUUAAUUUGUACUGUUUUGUGUUACCUCUCUCCUUCUCUCUGCAGGGCAUAUAUGAGUGUGAAGGAGCUGAAGGAGAUGCUUCAGCUGAACAGCACUCACUUCCUGAAUGUCUACUUUGCUAGCUCUGUGCGAGAGGAGCUGGCAGGUGCUGCCACCUGGCCCUGGGACAAGGAUGCCCUCAGCCACCUGGGUAAGCCUCGCUCUUGGGUGUACCUGGAUUGGGGGUUGCCCUCUGUCACUGACCUUUGCAAAGAAGGUUCCAUGCAGACUUGCAGACAGCAUGUGUGCUAUCCUGUCCUAUCAGGUAAAUGCCACUGGGGCCUGCACCUUCUCCCUUGCUGCCUUGCUCUUGGUAAGGAUGGGGUGGAGAACUUUGGGUGGGUGGAUGGCGACAGGGUGAGCCAGGCAGUGGGGCUGGUGUCCAUGGCUGCUGGUUCCAAAUGUGGGAUCCCCCAAAGCACAGUUUCCCCUACUUGACCUUCCCCCUGGGGACAGCCCAUCUUUGUUAGAAGAUGUUUUGCACCUUUCUCGGUGGGUUCCAAUUGCUUCUCCACCUGGUCAUCCUCCAGAGCUGACUGUGAACCUUUGCUGUUCCUUGUGGUACCCUUAACCUGCUGCCUUAACUUGCUUCAUGCCACCGCCCCCCCCCCUUUCCCUCAUUUCUUUGCGUGUUACCACUGGCAGGGUUGCAAUCGUAAACAUGCUUACCUAGAAGAAAAUCCAACGGAAAUGUAUUGGAUUUAUUUCUCCAGUAAUGUGCAUGUUGUAUAUAAUUCUUGGCACAGGAUUUGCAUUUUUUAAAAAAAUGCACGUAAUACGUUUGGUUCCACUCAUAGUGCUUUGCCUUUGAUUCAAAAGCAGAUUUGUGAUGUGGAAAUUUUUGCAGGAGAGAUCUAGUUCAGAGACUUCAAGAGUUCCUCAUUCCCUUUUAGGAGGCAUUUUCCAAUGCACGUGGCUUGGAUUUCUCAGGAAUCUUGUAGAUCUUUUCAAGAUACCUGCUCACAAAGUUGAACACUAGACAGCUGCACAAAAAUGUUCACCAAACCAUUUCCUUUAGCUGCCUGAGCUGGGGUGCUGAGCAAGCUUCCCAUUCUUGAAUCUCAUUCUUUUUCUCCAGCACACCACACUUCACCUCAGUGACAACUUUCCAAGGUUCAAAGCCCCUGGAGACCCUUUAUCUCCUUUUCUUCCUACUUAGGGCAGGAAUGUCCACCUGAUGGUCUGUGGGCCAAAAUCAUUUUUCUGGCUCCUGCAUGCCCUCAUAAUAAUUAUAGCAAAUACAGUAACAAGUCUGACUAAACAGUCACCGAUUUUUCUUUCAUCUUGUUUUAAAUUCAAAAAUUAAAUAUUGCAAAAAUACUCUUUUUAGUAUCGCAGUGGAGUAAAGAGAAAUGGAACUCAUUUUUCUCCCACUUUAAUUGGGGGCAGACGGGAGAAGCCAUUUUCCAUUUUGGUCAUUUCCAGUACUUUUAAUUAGCCAUUCCUUAAGUAGGUGUGGCUGUUUUCCAUUGCUGAGCCAAAACAUCAUUGGCAGCUGUUAAAAGAUCUAAAAAAACCCUAGCCCUUCUGUACAUCAGUAAAUAUCAUCUGAAUAAUAACAAAACACUCAGUGUCUCAAGCCUCACAUUAACACUAACAAUUUUGAGAAAUAACACAUUAAAAUCUGAGACAAUUUUUUUUUGUUUCCCAUGGGCUUUGAUAGAGCUUUAUGCCGUUAAUUUGAAUACUCCUUCCUAUAAUCUCUGUCAUCCAAUCCAAUGGCCAUCAACACAACUUGAGGCAGUGAAUGCCGUAUAUUACUUAUUAAGCAAUAUAUUUCUUUUAACUGAAUCUGUUGCUCAACCAUUUCAUUGGGUGACUUCAGGUUGUCUCUUCAGAGAGAGAGAGGGGGAGGAAGAAAUUCUCCCAUAUUUACCACUUACUGCUAGAUGCCACACACUUUACUACAGAGCCUUGUCUUCGGAAGAGAAAUCAGUUUUGUUUGGCGCAAUAUACUUUAGACUCCCAGGCUGGAGAAAAGUGUGAAUCCUGAAAAUGCAGGGGUUGGUUGUCCUAUAGCACAUUCUACUGACCCAGAUACUUGAGGGCCAUAACAUCAGGUCUUGUUGCAGCCAUCAGAACUGACCUUUCAGCUUACUUGGUUAGAUCCAAAAGUUCAGGGGUGUUGACUUGUGUGGCGAAGUGCUUGCUUAAGUACUUGUAGCCUGCUGGGAUUUUUUAUGAAGGCCUAAGCUCCUAUGUGGUAAAUUCUCUGUUCCUGAAGAGAAGCCAAAGCAUUGGCCUUUGACAAACUAGGAUUAUUGGCUUGCUGAGGUUUUGAUCUCUAAGCAAAGGCCAUCAUGAACUCAGUCCACACCUCUUAACUUCCAUGGUUGAUGGGUGGCCCUGGCCUUUGUGCAGUCACUUGCUGACCCCUUAGAAGUUUUUUGUUUUUAAAAUCAAAGCUGAUUCCUAACAAGUCCACAAGUAAAACUAAAUGAGCUGGCCAGCAUGGUAUCUGGAAAGGGGAGGUGUGACUGCUAUAGAUGAUAUCCUAGGGCAGCAGAAGCUUUAAAAACUAUUCCACCCCCACUUUCCCAGAGACCUUGGGCAGCCAAUUUGGCCCUUGCAAUAUGCAGAAAUGUUCACACAGGAGAGGGAUCACAGAGAACGGGCAACCUUUCCCCCAUUAAAUGGAUUUUUUUGUGUUCACCCAGUUUGAAAACAAGCUCGCAGUCUUGGAGAAAGGGGGGACUGAGCACAUGGUUGCCAAGACACUUCUCAGCAGUAGCUGGCUCUCUCCCGCUCAUAUUUUCUCCAGUGGAACGGGUUUCAAGUUUCUACUUGAAGGUGGGAAGAGUAGGUUUUGAGGCCCCUCGUGCCCUCAGCAAUCAGACUCACUUUGCUGUUUGCUGUUAGCGGUUGACACAGCGGGAUUAUGGCUGGGCUCUAACAUCCCAUUAACUUAGCUAUUAGCAAGGUUUUCUUUCUUCACUCACUCACAUUCCUCUCCUUUGCUUUCAGCAAGGGAGCCUCCUGUCUCAGACUGGGGUUUGGCUGGGAAAUCAGCCGCAGUUUUCUUUUCCUGGUUUAAUUUUUGCUCGUUAGCUAAGGAGCUCCCCGUUCAGUGAAUGGAGCUCUCCUGCAUGCCGUCUUGCCACGCAAAAAUGGCAGAGAAAGGUGGCCUGGCCAUUUGAUCUGUCGAAAAGUAUUUCUUUAAGCAGGGUCAAAUACUGUCAGAUAAGGUUGAUUUGCCAAGGGGAGAACUGUGUUAGCCUUUUGUAACAAAGAGAACCCUAACAGCUAAGGCAUUUAUUGUGACCAAAACUUUGGGGAGGAGAGCCCACGUCACCAGAAAUCUUUAUGGCAAAAUAUUAACACAUUGAUUUUUCAGAAUUCUAAAUAGUGUGACUUAGUCAAUAUGAAAAAAAAGCAACCCAAGUUCACUUUUUAUAACAAAAAAGAAUUAUUAUUUAUAGGCAACAGUGUUUCGAUACGCAUGUAUGAUAUUUAAAAGACAGAACAGUUCCUGGCCUGUAUCCCAUGGCCUUAGAUAUUAGAAACAAGGAUGGAAUAAUGAAAAGAAGGGGGCAUCAGAUUCAGCCCCCUCUCCCAUAUCUGACAGUCUUCGAUAAUGUUCAAAUAAUUGGUGUUCACUUUGAGAAUGUUUGGCUGCUUAAUUGACAAGUAUUCUUACAGGACAGAAUAAUCAUGAAUAAAAGAGGGAAGAACGCCUGUGGAAAUGUCUGUAACACACACAUUAGUGGCAGUUAAUUUUCGGCUGCAGCCACUUCCUUUUGAGAGGAGAAGCAGACUUCUGCCCCCCUCCCCAAAAUAAGUUCUGCUGUCACUCACACUUUUUGGGUGUGUACGCCUUGAAAGGCAGCAGUAGAAUCACCUUUCUGUCCAGCCUGCUGCUUCAAACAUGUCUACUCGUGAAAGAAUGCUUCUUGUUGCUGAAGCUCAUCCUCAGGAGCAAAGCAGCAGACCGGGAACGACUUCAACCUGAAUCCCUUCUUCCUUAUGAGCUGGCACGCAGAUUGGUAUACUUACUCAUAAGUAGUUCUGCUGGCAGGAAGGACUCUAGUCCGCUGCAUGGAUACUAUUUAAGGCAGCUGAGUGGGCUUCCUCUCCCAUCUGUUGAUCUGUCAUAGGGUGCUCACCUAGGCUUGGAGCUAAAGAUGGUUAGCUCUACAGAGGCCAUUCCCAGCAGCAGCAGCAGAGCCAGUCUUCUCACGAUGAGGAACACUGUUUGGAACUUCUCAUUGGAAAAGUUGGCAUUUACCUUAGCUCAGGAUUCCACUCCUCUCUCUGAGUGACAUUGAAUGCAUUUGCUGUUUCAGGUGGUGUGGUCCUCAAUCCGGCCUAUUAUGGUAUGCCGGGUCAUACAAAUACCAUGAUCCAUGAAGUGGGACACAUCCUGGGACUCUACCAUGUCUUUAAGGGAGUAAAUGAAAGGGAAUCCUGUGAUGACCUGUGCAGGGAGACGACACCAUCCAUGGAGACUGGAGAUCUUUGCGCCGAUACAGCACCUACUCCCAAAAGCAAACGCUGUCGGGAUCCGGAUCCGACCAAUGACACCUGUGGCCAGACCCACUUCUCUGGAACUCCCUUCAACAAUUAUAUGAGCUACACAGGUAAGGAAGGGGAGGGGGAGAACUUUUGCUUCAUGAGGUUCAGAGAGGGGCUUCAGAUGAAUGGCAUGUCAGCCUUUGAAUCCAGUGAGAUGCUCAGAACCUCUGCAUUCAUUUUCAGAAUAGUAAGUUGGAAGGUCUCAUGAUUUCACAGAUAAGCAUUAGGUGAAGAAAAGAGGGCUGUGUUUUUGAAAAUCUCAGUAAUCAAAAGGCAAAUCAUACAAGAAUCACAUGCAUUUUGUUUCCAGAUCUCAUGAAUUCUAAAUCACCACACCCUUUCAAAGGUUUUUUAAAGCUUCUCAUCACCUAGGAACUACUAGUGAGAGGGAUCUUGUUCACUGUGCCUGGCAGAAAGGCUCAGCUAGAGAAAUACAGCUUGCCCACCACCACUCACGUGCAACUUGCUUUGCAGUUCCAAUAUUUCAAUGUACCAUAUUUUUUGCUCUAUAAGACUCACUUUUUCCCUCCUAAAAAGUAAGGGGAAAUGUGUGUGCGUCAUGGAGCGAAUGCAGGCUGCGCAGCUAUCCCAGAAGCCAGAACAGCAAGAGGGAUUGCAGCGAUCCCUCUUGCUGUUCUGGCUUCUGAGAUUCAGAAUAUUUUUUUUCUUGUUUUCCUCCUCCAAAAACUAGGUGCGUCUUGUGGUCUGGUGUGUCUUAUAGAGCGAAAAAUACAGUAUUUUCAGCAUGGCCCAAUGACUGGAUCCCAUAGUUGGCAGUAAAAAAUAAAUUUGGCUGUCCUGUAUCUACUCCAGAGUAAUGACAUAACAACACAGUGACCAGCUACAAUUAUGAAUGGAUGUCAGAACUAUAAGUAAAAGUCUGCCGGAACCAAUGUGUUUUGGCUGCACAUUUAAAAGCAGAGGGACCUGGUAGACUAACCCAGUGAAGACGAGCCCUAGUCAAGGGCGACCUCUGUUUUGUGCCUACUUGCCAGAUCUCCACCGGUUACAGAAUAUGGGGAACAGUCUGAGGCAGAUCUUAAGGCCUGAGCCUGUUCAUAUGGGAAAAAGGCAGUUCUUAACGUUCUGGGUCGUAGGCCAUUUAUAUGUUAGCUCCAGCCCCUUGAGGGGCUCUGCAAGACUGACUACUGCUCUGUUAGUCUUUUCCUGGUUCACUUUGCUUGCAGGGGAUGAGGGGAUGGGUAGGCAAUAAACGGUGGUUGGGAAGGCUACCUAUACCUACCUCAAAUCUAUUGUAAAUAAUGUGUAAGUAGAUAAAUUCAUUUAAGAAGGGUCCCCUAAAAUGUCCCUUACCCUAAGGGGUAUAGGAGAAUACAGUUUCUUCAGUACUUUUAUAUGAAAGUACAUUUGUAGUAGCAACAUUUUCUCAGAAGAGCUCUUCCCUUCCAAAAGUGUCUUCUGUCUUUAUGCCUCAUUCUCAGGAGUUGGAAAUCUUGAUCAGCACUGUUCUGAGGGGAACCCUUAUGGAAACUAUUUUCUGUUUUGCAAUGAGCGAAAUUCAUUUAAAGGCAAGGUUUACUCUCUCAAAAAUACGCAGUGUGAACAUUUGUGUGUAAGACAAUCUCUACAGCAUUAGAGACAGACAAUCCCUCUAUAUGCUGUAGACAUAGUCAACACUCAAAUCCGGGAUGUGUUUCUGCACCUAGAGGGUGCUACUGUCUUUGUGAGAAGAGCCCAUGUUUUCUUGUGAAUUGCUUGCUUCCAUUUGGUGACCUUUGCUCUGGCCUGGAGAUACUAAAAGCAGGCGUCCUGCAUCUGCUGUCCUUUUGACCUGACCCCUCUGUUGUGGUUGGCCUCAAGUGACCAUGGCAGACACCCUGCUACAAAACCAACAGCACCAGCCCAUGCAUGUCUGCUAAGAAGAAAGCCCCUUUGGAUUCCUUACUCCCAGGUAAGUGUGUAAAGUAUUACAUCCCAAGGCAUCCACACUUUUGAGGACACAAUUCUAUGUGGAAGCAAGCUCCACAGAGUGGGUAUUAUUUCUCGGGAAAUGUGCAUUCCUCUUUGGCAAGCUCUUUAAAGGAACCAAAAAAGCAAAGCAAAGACAGACAGCCGGUCUAUGGAUGCAAUGAGCUAACAAUCCUCAUUCAGUCGUGUGGAAGACAAGGAAGGGAGGGAGGGAGGGAGGGAGAGGACAGAAAAGGGUAGUAUGGACAUGAAUGCAAUUACACAUAGUUUGGCUUCGUUAUAGUUGGUAGGACUGCCAAGGGAAAAAAAAAAGAUGACCUGUCUUACUUCUAUGCUGUUUUGGGCAGCUUGAUCUGUAGGAAUAAGCAGAGAAGCGUAUGAGGAUUAUGGGCUUAAACUUAAUGGAGAAGAUUAAUCUGUAGGAGUGACCUGAUGGAAGCUAGAGAGCAGAUCCUAUGUAUAGUUAGUGCCAGGAACUAUGGAUUAUGUUUUCAUAAGUGCAAUGUCAAAAGUAUGUAUUUGAGUUUCUCCCUGCCCAACAAGCCUGGCUGUCUUAGCUCUGCUGCCCAAAGCUGGUGGUCUCCCCUGGCUCUGAGCUUUGGCGCUGGGUUGACUCUUCUCUCAUCCUGGCUGAUAACAACUAUUUGUUUUCAAGAGUCAUGCAUUCAUCGCUGAGCUUUUGAGCCUUCUUCUUCGAAAUGCCUGCCCUGCGUCUUUAGUGUUCCUUGAUGUUGAGGGCAACAUUCCUGGCUAUUCAUGAAGAAGAAGUCUUGAGUUUACUUAGCACCUGUGAUGAGAUUAAGCAGUUGCUGAAGGACUGCCAUCUGUUGGCAAAUGGAUGGCAUAACAUGUUCGGAGAAUUUGUACUUUCCAGAGUGGACAUAGAUAUGUUUAUGUUAGGAGAGGGAUGGAGGGUUCAUUCCAUUUCUGGUCUGUGUCACUUUCAGAUGUGGAAACUCUACAUUUGCUAGGGAUGAGGGAGGAAUUCCAUUCAGCUAGCAUUUAUAGGCAAACCUACAUAAUUUUCACUUUUUAAAACAGUAUGAGGAGCAGCUUUCUAUCUGCUUUGCAUGAACAAAAUCUGGACUUCCAAUCAGCAAGCCCUAGGCUCAGUGGUUUAGACCACAGCGCCACCCACGUCCCUUUUCACGUAGUAUGAUACUGCUUUAAAUGGAAACUGCGGAUGGGGCCUCAGUGUGAGCUAAGCCAGAGGGUCAUGCUGCUUCCAGUCUUCCUAAGCACCUGUGAUGUGAAGGACUGUGCUGCCCCAGAAUCUUCUGUGAUGCACAGAGUAUUCUGGGAGGAGCGCAGGGGUGGAAGACCAGGCCACUGUGGGAGGCACACAAAUCCUACCUGACCCCCUUGCACCAAGGGAUCUCUUGCCCAGGCUCCCCCACCCUCGCCUCCCUGCCAUCUAGCGCUACGUUUCAGUUGCUUCACCAGCUGCCUCUCUUUCUCCCACAGAUGACAACUGCACAGACAGUUUCACCCCAAACCAAGUGGCUCGGAUGCACUGCUAUCUAGAUUUGGUCUACCAGCAGUGGAGUCAGGGCAGGAGGCCCACCCCUAUCCCCAUGCCAGCGGUGGUCAUUGGGCAGAGCCAGGAAACCCUCACCAUACACUGGCCACCCCCUCUUAGUGGGGUGCUUUAUGAAAGGUAAGAGAGGAAUCUUUGCGGAAGGGGAGGAAGGCAGUCGUAGCUGAGUGUGUACUCAAGGGGAAAAGAACAUCUCUGUGAAUUAGUCUUGCAGAGGUUUCAAGGGCUGCUGGUCCCCCUGCUCCCCACCUGUUAUUCUUGGUUUCCAUGAGUCAUAUUUUUCUGUUCUUCCUUUGUUGCAGCUGUGAACACUCCCCAAUACCAUGCAGCUUUGCAACCUCUGCCUUUAUUAUUUCCCUUCCCCAACUGCUGGCAUCCCUUUGUCUUUGCUUGCCCCUCUCCUGUGUCUGAAGGAAGUGUGGGGAGAUGCCCUCAUGCCACAUAGGACGCCAGCAGCAAAGUGUAGCUGCCUUUUAAAGCCAUGAGGCAGAAUAUAAAUGAAAUGUAAAUAAAAAUUAAAUACAAAUAAAACCUCUCCCUUUUGGUCUAAAUUCGUUCCCAGAAUUUACACAACUUUUAGCUUGGGAUAUCAAAGGAAGCAGUCAGAAUUGACUAUCCUUUCCUCCACCUAUUCAACUGCCAUUGCACCACAGACUCUUGGUGUGAAAACUAUUUACUUUAAAUUCUCUACAUUAUUAUUGUUGUUGCUGUUGUUGUGUGUGUGUUUUACAUACACUAUAGGUAACUAGGUAUGUAAAUUCCUUUGCAGAUAUGUUAUUUACAUAUUUGCUUAUUUAAACAGGUGCCUCUUCCCUUUCCUUGUUUCUGCUGAAAUUUGUUCUCCCUCUCUCUUGACUCUCUGUCCAGUUGGGUGGAAAUCUAGAGUGUGUGUUCCUGGCAUUGAGCAAUCGGGACAGAUUAGGGAUUCUGCUGGUUUACCACCCGCCUUGCUGCCCAGCAGUCUCCCUGCCUAAGCUGACAGAGCUGGUCCCGGAGGCAGUGCUGAAGACUCCCAGACUGUUGGUUCUGGGGGGCUUCAACAUCCAUGCUGAGGCAACUGGCUCUGGGGUGGCUCAGGACUUCAUGGCUGCCAUGAUGACCAUGGGGCUGUCCCAAUAUGUCAACGGCCCAACACACGUGGCAAGCCACACUCUGGACCUUAUUUUCUCAACUGGGCAGGAAGAGGGUGAUCUGAGGGAUAUUGACAUCAGUCUCUUAUCAUGGUGAGAUCACUUCCUGAUGACCUUUAGGCUUUCAGCACCUUUUCCCCUCUGCAGAGGCAGCGGACCUAUUAGGAUGGUCUGCCCUCAGAGACUAAUAAGAGUCAAUGGGCUUCCAGACAGCUCUGGGGGGUUUCCCACCUGAUAGGACUGGUGCUCCUGUUGAAACUCUGGUUGACCCUCUGGAACAACCGAAUGGCUCGGGGCAGUGAUACGAUCACUUCUGUGCGCCCUCUUUCACUUUGUGGAGCCUGUUUGGCUCCUUGGUAUACUCCAGAGCUUAGGACGAUGAAACAAGCUGGGAGACGGCUUGAACGCAAGUGGAGGAAAGAUCCGUCUGAAUGCAACCGAACAAUGGCAAGGGCUCACCAUCGAGUCUACCCAGUGGCAGUGAAGAUGGCGAAGAAUGCUAAAUGGUGGUUAUUUAGAAUUGGAAGCCAAAACAUCUGAUCUCCUUGUGCCAGUGUGAGGGUAUAUGAACAGUAUCACUUCGUCUACUUUCAUUUUUUUAAAAAAUGCUUUGUGGGUGGAAUAAAUAAUCAUUUUUCUGAUCCUUAAUGAAGCCCAAAAUCUGUAGUCAGAGGGUGAGGCAGGUUCCUCACUAUGUGCCAUGGUAGGACUGUGGCUCUGCAUGUAUGUUUUUCAAAUGUUGUGAAAUACACGUGGCUUUCCUAUGUGAAAAUACCUGUGUAGGCAAAUGCUCUUGCUUGGAACAGCCUGCCAUGGCAGAUACAGUUUGCAGAUCUUCCUUUUGACCUUGCCCCACCCUCUCUGUGUAUGGUGUUCCUUCCCAUACUACCCGCACGUACUUGUUUUGAUGGGAAAGUGUUUAUUUGAGCUUGUGUACCUCAGGGAAAGCUGAACUUGGCCUCCAGCGUAGGAAUUCCAGAAUGCAAAGAAGGUGAUAAAGAUGAGCUGGCAAUUCUUUUCACUUGUUUGCCAGUUGGCAAAACCUUCUCUGAGGCUUUAUGUUUGAGUCAAGUUGGGGGGGGGGGAGAGAAGGAACGUAUCAGUACAACAGAAAACCUGAUCUUGAUCCUUCUGCCGUAACCAGCAGAAGAUAUAGGCAGCCUUAGUGAUAAGUGUGCUUGUGUACUUUGGAACUCUUGCCUUCCCUUUAACUUCCCUUUAACUUCCCUCCCUGCUUUAACUUCAUGGCCAGGACAACACAUGUCCUUCUCCUCCGGUAGGGCAACUCAAUUAAGUUAAACAUAUAUGCAUGCACUUGCUUGCUUUAUUUUUGUUCUUUGAAGGUCUCUUUCCCCCCUGCGACAGCUGACUUGAGAGUCAUGGAACAUUUAGGUCCUUAGGUGUCCAGAGGCAAGUGACUAGUGCCAUCGGUAGGAAUUUGAAAUUUUUUGCUGGGUGAAAAUUCCUCACUUAAGAUAACUGAAAGGCCCAUUCGAAGAAGGAGAGUCACCAUAUUUUAAGCACUGAAAAGUAAACAGCAUUUUUUUUUAAAAAAAAAAUCCACUUAUUUACUUCUGUAGCAACCUCCUCCUUUUUUGCCUUUUCCUCAACACACUCCGACAUUUAUCUAGAAUGAUACUACCAAAACCAUUUGGUUCAAAAUUGGGAAAGGAGUACGGCAAGGCUGUAUAUUGUCUCCCUGCUUAUUUAACUUAUAUGCAGAAUUCAUCAUGCGAAAGGCUGGGCUGGAUGAAUCCCAAGCUGGAAUUAAGAUUGCCGGAAGAAAUAUCAACAACCUCAGAUAUGCAGAUGACACAACCUUGAUGGCAGAAAGUGAGGAGGAAUUAAAGAACCUUUUAAUGAGAGUGAAAGAGGAGAGCGCAAAAUAUGGUCUGAAGCUCAACAUCAAGAAAACGAAGCUCAUGGCCACUGGUCCCAUCACCUCCUGGCAAAUAGAAGGGGAAGAAAUGGAGGCAGUGAGAGAUUUUACUUUCUUGGGCUCCACGAUUACUGCAGAUGGUGACAGCAGUCACGAAAUUAAAAGACGCCUGCUCCUUGGGAGAAAGGCGAUGGCAAACUUAGACAGUAUCUUAAAAAGCAGAGACAUCACCUUGCCAAUAAAGGUCCGUAUAGUUAAAGUCAUGGUCUUUCCAGUAGUGAUGUAUGGAAGUGAGAGCUGGACCAUAAAGAAGGCUGAUUGCCGAAGAAUUGAUGCUUUGGAAUUAUGGUGCUGGAGGAGACUCUUGAGAGUCCCAUGGACUGCAAAAAGAUCAAACGUAUCCAUUCUUCAGGAAAUCAGCCCUGAGUGCUCACUGGAAGGACAGAUCGUGAAGCUGAGGCUCCAAUACUUUGGCCACCUCAUGAGAAGAGAAGACCCUGAUGUUGGGAAAGGGGACAAAAGGAGAAAGGGCACAAGGAGAAGGGGACGACAGAGGACAAGAUGGUUGGACGGUGUUCUCGAAGCUACAAACAUGAGUCUGACCAAACUGCGGGAGGCAGUGGAAGACAGAAGUGCCUGGCGUGCUCUGGUCCAUGAGGUCACGAAGAGUCGGACACGACUAAACGACUAAACAACAACAACAAAAACCAUCCGCGUGUCCCGUCUCUCUAGGACCAUGGGAUGCCUGUCUGUCUAAGAGGAUAAGAAGAGCCCUCCUGCCUUAACCCACCUAGUCCAGCAUCCUGCUUUCACUGGGGCCAACCAGGUGCUUCUGGGAAGCCCACAAAGCAGGGCAGCCCUCUGCUCUUCAGAGGCAAAACCACCUCCAAGACUGGAGGGAGCACACAGCCAUCGUGGCUGGUAUCCAUCCUCCAUGAAUUUGCCCCAAACCCUUUCAAAGACAUCCAAGUUGGUGGUCAUUGCUACAUCUGGUUUCCUCGAGUCUCUGUGCUGGAUCCCUAUCCCUUCCUGUGCACAUUUCUUGUCUUAAAGCUUUUUAGUGACCUGGGCUGACCUUAUUUUUCUAUCCAUGUUUACCAUUCUGGUUCUUGUUGGUUGAGAGAGAUAGGAACACCCCCCCCAAUUUGUAUGUAGUGUCUCCCCAGAUCCAUUCUUCAGUACAAGGUAGUAAGUAAAUUUUUAUUUAUACCCCACCCUCCCUGGCCAACACCAGGCUCAGGGAGGCUAACAUCAAAUAUCAAAUACACAAUCAAACAAUUGAUUAAAAUACAGUUUAAAAAUUAGAAUCAGGAUAAAAUUAAAUGACUGCCCAUGAAUUGCAACCAUACGGGUCAGGAACCUCAAGUAUUCACCAGGGCCAGCUAUCCAUGUUGGUCCCACAUGAGCCGAUAAAAGGGCCAAAGAGGUAACUAACAGGGUCCCAUGGGGGGGAGGUCAAACUGGGCCCAGACCAAAGGCUAGGCAGAACAGCUCCAUCUUGCGGGCCCUGUGGAAGGAUGUCAAGUCCUGCAGGGCCCUGGUCUCCUGCGGUAGAGCAUUCCACCAGGCUGGGGCCAAACUGGAAGAAUAAGAUGUGAACCUGUUCAGGAUCUGGAACUGCAGGUGCUUCUGGGGCAGAAGAUGAGGGCCUUUUCACCUCCCUCUCGCCUUGCACCCUAAAGGUCCUGGAUCCAGUAAAAACAUCACACACUCCAAUAAAGUGGGUGAGGGGAGGUCUGUGCAGUUGCCAUUUUGUUGUACUUACAGCAGAAGACCUCUGCUUUACAUCCUGAAAAAAUUUGCCAUUGUAACUGUGUAGCUUGUCGCUCAAAGUCUAACUUAGAAGAGAUUGAACAGAGUAUGUUUUUCUCUCCCCUUCCCACCCCUUCUCUCUCUCUCUCUCUCUCUCUCUCUCUCUGUCUGUCUUUUAGAGAGACAGGGAACCUCUGUGGAGAUUGUGCUGAAGAUGGGACAUUCAGCCAAUACGUACAUGAGGCCUCCUCGCCUCGGAUCUGUGAUUCUUCUGGCUACUGGACUCCAGAAGAAGCAGUAGGUAAAGUUCCCAGCCCUUCUUCCUGUAACAGAAGGAUUGUCAGAUGGGAGCUAGAGAUAACCUUGUCUGUUUCAUUUUCCUUUUCUUUAAAAAAAGGUCUAUCCUCCGUAUUUCAGACAUUCAUUUCGGAUAGUUUUGCAGCCCUAAAUACACACAAACAUAAAUCUCGCCUCUUCAUAUAGGCAGAAGCCUAUUAAUGUUUGUAUCUGCUUCUGUAAUCAUGGACAGAUGCUCACACCCUCUAAUGCUGGCACAGAUAUUUGGUUUUUGCCUCCUCAUUUUGGUCCAGCCCUGGUUCUUGUAUGCAGUCCUACCCCUAAGGUUGUGAGCUGCCCAGCUCACCCAAUUCUCCGCUGUUCUGUUUUUCUUUAAGGGCCUCCAGAUGUGGACCAGCCCUGUGAGCCCAGCUUGCAGGCUUGGAGCCCUGAGUUCAAUCUGUUCAACGUGAGCAUGACCACCCCUUGCCCUCAGCCUCUCGGUUGCAUCUUGGAGCUGCACUUUCUGCAUCCUGUUUACCCGGAGUCUCUAAUGGUAUGGACAACCUACUUCUCUACGGACUCCCCCAAGGCUCUGUCGGACAUUGAGAUCCUGACAGAGCAUGGGGACUCUGUACACCUGGGGCCCAUGGACACUUUUUGUGACAUCCCCCUCACGGUUAAACUCAACCUGAACAAGAAGGUGUCUGGCGUAAAGAUCUACACGUUUGAUGAGCAGAUGGAGAUAGAUGCUGCGCUUCUGAUAUCCAUGCCACAGAGCCCGCUUUGUGCCAACUGCAAACCUGUAAGGUACAGGGUUCUCCGGGACCCCCCGUUUCUGGAUGGAUCCCCAGCGAUGGUGACGCAGCCGGGACGAAAGUUUACUGACAUGUGAGUGACAGCAUUAGUGUUCAGGAACACUCUCUUAGCUGCUGGUUCCUCAGGGACAUCCCAGGCCCCUUUCCCUUUUAAAAGCUUAAAUUAGACUAGCUUUUUCCGCUAUGAGGGGAAACAUGCGGGAAGUAUUCUGCCCGGUUGCUAAGCUGAAGCCACUUGCUGGUUUUGGUGUCUUAGCCAGUGAAUACAAAAGCAAUGGGAUGAUUGACAAGCAAGUGGUGUUUCCAAAAUAGCCGUAUGCUAGUGUUCACCCUGUUAAGAAGUGGUUCUCAAGCUUUCUUCUCUGGGCCACACUUUGAGAGGAACAAUUUGCUGGCACCACACCAAAUUUUACAUUGUAAAGAAAUACAUUGGCAAACUAAAAACAACAACUCAUAGCAGUGCUUGAUUUUGAAAAUAUAUUUAUCAGUAUUCUGCAAAAAAGAAGAAGAUACUAUACUACGCUACACUGAAAUGUUUAAAUGUUUCUUUAAUUGUCCUUGAACUUUCCCCCCACUCUUGCCGCCCGCUCCUGCCACACCGGUUUGGUGUGCUAUACCCUUUGGGAACCACUGCUGUAAAUUAAAGAGCCCCUGUCAGAUAAUGAGGGAAGUCCCUGGAAUCUGGUGCUGCGUUAGCUGCCUGUCCUUAGCAUACAUGGGAAAUUCAGCUUAGGAGGAGGCAGGAAAGUAUUCUGUCUUAAGUUUUGACUUCUGUUUGCUUCUGCAGGGAAGUGAUGGCAGGCCAGCUGUAUCGCUACCAAGUGCAGGCUGUGGCUGGAGCUGCUGUAGGUGAAGCCUCCCCUCCUCUGUUCCACAUCCAUGGCUCUCCCUAUUGCGGGGAUGGUAAAGUAAGCAGGUGAGGAGCCCUGAGAUCUGAAAAUGCUGAGCUUUCUUUCUUUUACUCACCCCAUUUUAACUGAGCCAGCAAUUGCAGUCUCAUAUAUCAAAGUGUUCCUGCUUUCCAUUCAUUCAUGUGAGUACAGUGGUGCCUCGCAAGACGAAAUUAAUUCGUUCCGCGAGUUUUUUCGUCUAGCGAAUUUUUCGUCUUGCGAAGCACGGUGUCGGAAAAGUUUUGGAAAAGCUUCAAAAAUCACCAAAAACCUCAAAAAAGGCUACCACACCGCGUUCUAUGAGUUGCUCCUCGAAGUCAAGUCGCAACUGUAUUAACGGUGUUAAGAAAAAGGAAACAAACUUGCAAGACGUUUUCGUCUUGCGAAGCAAGCCCAUAGGGAAAUUCGUCUUGCGAAGCAGCUCAAAAACCGUAAAACCCUUUCAUCUAGCGAGUUUGUCGUCUUGCGAGGCAUUCGUCUUGCGGGGCACCACUGUAUAGGCGGGUGGGGGGAUCUGUAUUGUUAAGUGAUAUGCUGAACCUCUUCUCUUAAUUCCACAAAGCUUUCUGCUUUCAUAUUCCAUUUUCCUAGACACCCACAGCAACUCAUGGUUUUGUCUUGGAUAGCCUUGCUUUUAGGAAUUGCAGACAGGAGGUGGAUGAGCGUUCUGAUGCACACCUGAAUGCAUCUCCAAACGAAGAUGCCGUUAGUUGCUUUUAGGGAUACUGCUGCCACCUGUCACUUUUUACUUUCAUCCUCAUUCUUAUAUGCCUAGAUAGCCUGUGGAAGAGUUUGCAUAGCCAGAGAAAUUAGAUUAGAUUGAACCUAAAUCGUUUCUGUGGAAGUGGAGUCUAUGAAAUUGUCUGCAUCAGUGGAGAAUAACUUCUUUGUGGUGCUGCUCUGAAGGACCUUCCUGGGGCGGGGAAUGGGAGGGUGUGUGAAACCUAAAAUCUCAAACCCCUCAAGAAUAGUCUUAUCUCAGGGGUCCCCUUGUAGGGAUGAGCUCACUUUCCUUCCCCUUUAAUAUUUCAAAUUAAUAAUAGUUUUGUUCAUUUAUGUACUUGUCCUGCAGCUUUCAGGUUUGUGGGCUGACCCCUUUCAAUCAAUCAAUCAAUUCACUAGCAUUUAUAUCCCAUUUUUCUAUUGUGAGUGUUUUUGUCCCACCAAAAGACCUAGUUUCAUAUUACCUUGGAGGGAGCGAGACACCAAGAGAUAGGGGUCAGGAGAAUGUAAAGCUCUGGAAGGAGCACAAAUGGAAAGGAGAGAGAUAAACAGGAAUAAUGAAGUGCAAGCAUAUAAAAGUAUGCAGUAGAAUUUUAAAUUGAACGUGAUAAGGGAAUGCUAGCCAGUUCAAAGAGAGCAGAUGAGAAGGAACAUGGUCCUAUAUAUUAACAAGAAAGAUGAUCUGUGGAGUGAAAAAUAGACACCCAUUUUGGAAUAAAGAAAGACCAACCAGAAAGGCCUAACAAAAUUAAUGCCUAGAUAAAAAUAAGAGAAAAAACGAAUUUUAACAGAUUUUUUUAAAUAAAAAGAUCCUAACCGUAAAACAAAUAAGCAGAAGUAAAAAAGUUGCACCGUUAUUUUAUUUUUUUACAUUCCUUCUCGUGGCAGCAAAAAUAUAAUGCAAGCUGAUAAGAUUUCAUCAGUGGCUGCACAACAUGUGGGAACUCAUAAUGGAGAAGCUGUUGUAAAGGAUUAGAAAACGUUAAAGUAUAUGAAGCUCUUGGUCCAUGUUAAAAUGCUUUAUAAGUGCAAAGUAUUACUAUUUUCUUAGAAGUCUUGCAGAGGAAUGUGAUGAUGGAGAUCUAAUAGAAGGAGAUGGUUGCUCUCGAACCUGCAAAAAAGAAAAGGGAUUCCACUGUGUCGGUGAGUUUAGAAAUGCUAGUCUGUUCUUUGUUGUUGUUUUUUUUAAAAAAAUGACUGUUCAUUUUGUUCAAUUUCUAUGUGGGGCGGGGGGAGGGAGAGGACUAAAAAUUAAAACGCAGAAUCAUAUUGUCGUAUCUUUGCCUUAUUUGUCUGCACUCUUCCGAAUCCAGUAUUUGAGGUUUGACAGAACCUGGAAAUUUAUUGCUGCAGGUGAAGAAGCUUGGGAACUGUGGGGCAGGGCUUCAUUUGUCCCAGGGACUGUGACAAGGCCCUGCUAGCUAUUUGUACCUCUGAAUCCGUAUGAUUGAGGCUGGAUCUCUAUCAGUAGGACUGUAGAACUGGAGGAGAAAUUGAGAUUUACCAAUCUAUUUUAAGGGUGCAAGAACGUCUUAGGAAUCCAUGCUUAGAGAGCAGCAUGGGGCACAGACUCCUAGAGAGUGGCAGCCAAUUUGCUGUGCAAAUGUCAGUUUAUUGGUUUACAGGCUCUUGCAGAUGCUAGAGGACAUUACAUUUUUUGUGCUGAGAAACCUAGGAAAGAUCUUGAUUCCUAAACAGUUGGUGGAAAUAGCCAGGGAUUUAGACAUCGGAGAUAUCUGAGGACGCUCCAGUAACUGGUGACAUAAUAUUUAGCAACAGUCACCAGUAUAAUUGCACCUGGUGACUGUGUUUGACAGUAUAAGAACAAGUAAGAGAGGGUGGAUGGACUCAGUUGAGGGGGUCAAAGCAUUACUCAAACAUAAUGGCAGGCCAGAAGUGUGAGUUCAAACAAUUAAUUAAUUAACUUUCUAUAUCGCCCAUCACCUGGCGAUCACAGGGCAGCUUGCACUAUAAAAAUGCAAAAACGCAUACCAAUACAUAACAAUACAGUGGUAUCUUGGGAUGCGAACGGGAUCUGUUCCGGAGCCCCGUUCGCAUCCUGAACAGAACGUAAGACACGACAGCGCGUCUGCGUGUGCGCGGGUUGUGUUUCGCCGCUUCUGUGCAUGCGCGUGACAUCAUUUUGACCGUCUGCGCAUGCAUGAGCGGCAAAACCUGGAAGUAACGUGCUCCGUUACUUCCAGGUCGCCGUGGAGCGCAACCCGAAAAUACUUAUCCUGAAGCAUAUUUAUCCCGAGGUAUGACUGUAUUGUGCCAGUAUUAUUAUGGAGGGCUCUUUGUAAGACUCCAUGAAGACAGUACUCGGGGGGGGGGUGGAGUGGUCAGUGCAUUUAUGAAUUGAGUACCAUGCAUAAAUGAACACAAAGAGAGAGAAAAAAGAUUCUCAGGAAAACUCAUUUGUUUAAAGAAUAGCAGAUGUAAUGAAUGGAAGAUAUUAGAGAUGGAAAUAAAAAUGUAAAGAUGGUCUGUAAAUAGAUAUUACUAUGAAUUUCACAACAAGAGUUUGAAACCUAACUGAGGCAUUUAAGAAAAAAAGCAGAGAGGAAUAUUUGUUAGGAAUUAGAAUUAAGGGGGGAUAGAUGAAAUGUGGCACUAAAACAAUUAACAGUUUAUUCACUUCUUAUGAGAAGUUAUAAAUAUCCUAUGAUCGAUAUCUGACUACUAUAAACAAAUACUUGCAGGACCUUUCCAUUUUAGCUUUAUCUGAAAACAACAGGGUGUUUCUGAACCAAUUCAUAAUUGGUAAGGAAUGUGGUCUGUAACUGACAGACUGAACAAGAGGAUGCUCUAGAGAUGGACAGAUUCACAGGGGACUUUUCUAAAGUCCAUUCUACAUCUUAGUCCCACAUCUAAAAUUAUUGCUUAACAACAUUCUUGAUGUGGGAGGCAUAUCAGCCUCAAGGAGACAAGCUAGGCAAGGAUCCAACAGAUCUUAGCUGGUAUCAGCAGAUUUCCCAGGUAAACCAAGUUGUAAAGGGACUUAAAGGUUCUACAUCAUGGGCAAAUACAGAAAUGGUCCUCUGUUUUGAUACUUGAAAGGCAUUUGACAGUCUUGAAUGGCCUUUCUUUCUUUCUUUUUUGCUGAAAGUACUUACUAAACUGCAGUUCAGGCAAUGGUUUCUGACUUUGAUCAGUUAUACUCCAGAUUAAGAGCAAGCACCAGAGUUAAUGCAAUGGACUUGCUCUUGUUUGAACUGGCAAGGGGGAUAAAGCAGAGAUUAACUAUGCCAAAGCCCACAUGAUACGUUUUAAUGUAACAUGAGAAAACCAAAGAGCAUUACAAAAACUAACCUGUGAUUGCCAUAUGCAUGCUUUAAGUGCUUAGGGAGCCUACUCUCAAGAGAAAUUUUGCUGGUUCAGGAAGCAUAAUUAUAUAAACCCCUUGCUAAAUUAAAGAGGGAUAUUUGCCUGUAGAGGAUCCUUAGUCUCGUUUGGCUGGGCCACAUCUCCGUUAUAAAGAUGUUGUUUUUACAGAAGAUUACAUAUUUGUUUCAGAAUUUACUGACUGAAAAGUAAUCAGCUAAGGAAAUAGAGAAUGAGCACCACAUUCCUCUUUUGAAGUCAAAUGUGAUUGCACUGGAUAUUCUUGGCAAUUAUCGACUUGUGUGUACGUUGAAUUUGAUAGCACUAUGGUAACUUCUUCCAAAUGGUUCAGCACUUAAAUAUCAUACCAGGUCCAGGGCCCCAUUAAUAUGAAGUCCAGGGUCGCAGCCUCUCUGCUUGGUUCCAUGACCAACUCUUCUAAGACACAGUCAUUUAGGGUACCUAAAAAGCUUGCCUUUUUGUCAUGACUGGAACAUGCAUGUACCCAGCCGAUGUAAGGGUAACUGAAAUUACCAUAGCACUAUUUUAACUUCUUGUAUGUUUUAAUACAAAAAAUUCCUGGUUUUUUGGUUUUAUUUUAUUGUAAACCACAAAUAAAAUUAUGAAAUUAAUUUCCACAUUCAGAUGCCUCCUUGAUUUCAUUUCCAUGUUAUUUGCUUCUAGGUACAAUCUGUUAGCAAAUAAUACAGAAAUGAGUGCUAAACUUGUGUUGUAUUCUGCUGUAGUUCCACUAUAGUUCUGGAAGUGGCUCUUACAUUGUGUGAAAGCUCAAAUAAAAUGUGGAAAUUAACAGUUAGAGAAAUGUCAUGAAAAUGGACAGACAGUUCUAAUGGAGAGAUGUAAAAAAUGGAUUUCCAUUUUGUUAUGAUCUGCUGGGAGCAUUCUCCUACUGUACAAUCUUUAGCAGAGGCCCUUUCAGAGAGCUGUCUUGGUGGUGGCACCCCAGUUUGGAAUUCUUUUCCCAAUUAUGAUGUGGGUGGCUUUUAUUGUUCUUUAUUUCAGCACCUAGCUGAAAACCAGGCUUUAGUGGAAUUUAAUGCCAGUAUUGGUGUUUUGGUUGACUGGUUUACAUACCUGCCUUGUUUUUUUAGUACUUUCAUAUCUUCCCAGGCUCUUCCCCUUUGUGAAAAAUUUAGACCCCUACAGGGACAGGACUCUGGCUUGGAUCUUUGCACUCCAUUAUCUCUCUAUCAUUUCUUGCUGAGCACACUGUGGGCAUUGGUGGGCAGUUUUUAUUUCAUUCGUUCAUCCAUCCAUCCAUUCUUCAUUCAUUUGUAUACCGCCCUUCAUCCACAGAUCUCAGGGUCACUCAUCACAUAAAAAUACUGUUUUGGUAUGCUAGUCUAUUGGGGACAAUGAUAUUGCUUUCUCAGUGUGGCCUGAAUUAGGGGCUACAGUCUCGGGGGGUUCUACCUCAGUUGUUGGGAGUCUUGAAUUCCAGUAGCCCCCAGUUUUUUAAAUUUGGGUUCAGUUUCAGGGCCCAGAGCUCAUACUUCUGCAGGUGGUGGUGCUUUCUGUGGGUAGUCCCCACCUCCCUGUCAGAUUCUAAGUCAUUGCAGGUACUUCAGGUUCUGACAAAGAUUCUAGCUCAGAAGCCAGUUGAUUAAGGUGUUGCAAACCUUUUCCUUAAAGCAGGUGUUGCAUUUUAUAUAUCAGGCCAAGGGAGCCAACGUUCGUCCACAGACAACAUUCUGGGUCAUGUGGCCAGCACCCCAUAGUCACCUUUGACUGGACUUAACCAUCCAGGGGUCCUUUACCUUACCUUUACCUUUAUAGAUCAGGAAAUGUUGGAGGAAGGGGUGUGUAUGCUAUUUCUCCUCCUCCUCCUCCUCCUCCUCCUCCUCCUUCUUCUAAAAAAGAAGCAAUUUUCAAAAUAUUGGAACCAUUGGAGCAUUUGUCAAGCGUUUGGCAUGGGUCUGUAAAGCAUUUUGGGUAAAAGCCACAUUCCAUUAAAAUCAGUGGCAACAUUCCCAUUGACCAGUGUAUGAAGUAGUCGAGAGUGUGUUGGACUUGGACCAGGGUCUCCUUGGCUUCAGAUGCUGUACAGAUGCCAUGAACUCUCUUGGUGGCCUUGAGAAGGUAGUUUCUCUCAGCCUCUGUUCAGGUCCUACCUCACACGGUUGCAGUUGGCAGACUUAAACAUCACUUUAGACACUGAAAAGUCAGGGAUUCAGGACUGCUUAGCACAUAUAUAAUAGCAUCUGAGAAACAGCAGGCUGACUUUCUUCUCUCCAGACAGCAUGUUUACAGAAUAUCCACUUCUAGUUUUUGUUCUCUGUUUUUAUAUAAAAACAAGUUUUUUUAAUUGUUUUAUAGAAAAAUGUACAGAAAUACUUGAAAGUCUGGUAUCCCAACAGAGCUUCCUUCUUUUUAAAAAUGCCCACUUUAUUCCUAAGCCUAGUUUGCAACUGCCCAUAAGUAUGUAGAAAUGCAUUAUAAUGGAAUAACAAAGUUAUGGAAGGAGAGGAAAUAAGGAAAAUUGUGCCAGGGACAUCAAUCACAAAUUGCAUAGCCUGAGACGGGUCUAGUCACAUGGGCUACCUGUGUUUUGGUCUCGUACCUCUCUUCCUGUAACAAGGGCGCAAAAUCGGUCCCUGUAAUUGACAAAGCAGUAUCAAGCUUCUGGAUUGGCCAGGCAUGGUAUAAAUACUCAGAACCUUGUCCUUGUCUUGUUCCAUAUCAGAAAAUCAGUAUCUUCUGCCUCAUGGACUAUAGGCCUUCAUCAGUGUACCUCACGGACACUUGAUUUGGAGAACACACAUGGGUCUAGCUGCCCAUGGGUCUUAGAGUAUGGAUAGCCAGUGUGGGUAACAACUCCCAUCAGCAUGUCCAACUGUCAGGGAUGAUGGAAGCUGAAGUCAACAUCAGCCCGAGUGCCCCAAAUUGGCCACCCAGGCCUUAGAGAGUAAUAGAGGAAGACUGAAGGGGGUGUGACACAAACAUUCAUAGAAUCAUUCAGAGGAAAUACUAAAAAUGGCAGCAGGGCGGGGGGAGGUAAAUGGAAAAGGCAACAAUCAAAUAUCCAACAUAUACUAAGCCUAAUAUAACAUAACUUAAUUAUCAUGCUCUGAAUUAUCUUUUAAAAGGAAGAAAGAGUGAAUUGGUUUUAUAAACCAGGAGAUACUAAUUUCUGUUAUAGGGAAAAGUGAAAGAGAGCAGGCAAAUGCAUAUAUGUUAGUGAAUUGUCCUUAUGUUGAAUCCAAAAGUAUCACGAGUGUUUUUAUAACACAAAAUAAAUUUACAAAUGCACCAUCUUAGCUGUUCUUUUAAAUCUGCAGGAGAGCCAAGCCUGUGCUAUGUAUCUGAUGGCGAUGGCAUUUGUGAGCCGUUUGAGAAAAGCAGCAGCAUUGUGGAUUGUGGUCUCUACACCCCCAAAGAGUACGUGGAUCAGUGGGCAUCAGAGGCUUAUGCCUCCCACCAGGACCAGAAGGCAUGCCCAGUUUCCCUGGUGACAGGAGAACCUCUUGUGAGGGUGAGGGGAAUUUUUAUUUCAUAUUCAAGCCCUUAUGUUAUUCCUGGAAGAAGAACAUGUCCCAAACCUCUGUGAUCUUCCCAAGUCUGCCAGCUAUUGAUUCUGCUCUGAACUGGGAUGAACUGAACUUUACUGGCAACAUCAGUGGAUAAGUUCCAACCCCUCAUGCAUACCUUUCAACUAUAGAGUACUUCUCCAUUGAUACUGAGGUCUAUGGGGAGGCCUACCUUCAGCCAUUCCUGAACUUCUACCUCUGUGUCUGUUUCUUGGCAGUCAUGAAGAACUUCUUCGUUUCUCUCUUAGAAGUGAGGGCAAGACUUAUAGAGCCAGUGGCAGAGCACACAAUUUGUAGGCAUCCCCAGUUAAAGGAUCUCAGAAAGGUCAAAAUGCUGGCAAUGAACUUUGUCCUGGGCAACCUGUGUCUUGCCAUUAUUGCUUCAGAGACCAGGUGGAGACUUGCAUGCCAUAAAAAACAACAACAUUCCUGCCACCUGGAAAACUAGAUUUCUCAUUUUCUACUCUCAUUUUCUUCCUGAUAGGCUUAUGUCCUCUGUGAAGGUUUUUGCAUGGUGGAACAUUCAAUGAUGUGAGCCCCCCCCUUUUUUUAGCAAUCCAAAGUGGUAUAGCCCAGGUGUGGGUUUACCAUCUCAGUGAGGGCUGAGCCACAGAAACCUACCACCAGGCUGAUAGUCCUGGGCUAAAGGAACUGACGUUUGAUUGAAUAAAAUAUGGCUUCGUACACUCAAGUAGAAAGUCUCUGGACCCCAGUUAGUUGCAGCCAUGGCCAUCAGAAAAUGAAAACAUUCAAAGGGAAUUCUGGGAAGCUGGAUGUGGGCUAAGCAGGAUUUCUCUUAAUAGGCUUUCCCCCGUCUUAAUUUUUUUUUAUUCUGUACGUUGUAACUUUCACUGCUGAAGCUUCAGCCACGUGACAGCUUAGCACAGGUUCUGUGCUGGUAGUCCAGCUGCCAUCUCACACGAUGCAUUGUUCCAAGAGACCAUGUGGGGAAAGUGACAGCUACUAUCAAAAAUGGUGGUAAGAGAACUGAAACUACGGGAGAAUUUUAUGCCCUCACCUCUUUUCACUGCUGACAAACUUGGUGGUACAAUUAAGGGACUGUUUUGUGCUGAGCUUCACUUGUGUGUUUCUGAUUUCCCUGCUUCUAAUGUGACUGACAUUUCUUUUCCUUUCCCAACCCCUCUCUCCCGACUCUGAAAACCCCUCCUUUCCAGGUGUGCAAGCCUCAUCCCCAGGACACACUGGAGCAUCACCUCCAUGCGGCUUGGUUCCCUUGUACCAGUCAUGGUGACCUUCAAGGUGCAGACAGGGAGAAAAUGCUCUUGGACGAUAGAGUUUGGCUGAAAGUAAGUGCUCAGAGUAUGAAGGGUACAUUGAGAGGAUGUGGCAGAUAAUAUGUACAGUUUUCCAAAAGUAGGGAUUUGCUGAACCCUCACAAGGUUUUAUUCUAGUGCUCUGCACAUUUUGCCAGUCUCACAGAAACUCAAAAAUCCUACAGAUGUUUGGUCUGAGCAGGACCUUCCAGAUUUACUUGAGAUUUUCCUUUCCGCAGCAGUUCCCAGAAGUGAAUCUUGGAGGUUAGACUUAGUGCCUUCAGACCCCAAUUUUCACACACUGGUAUCAGGCCCUGUGGUGUUUGAAGCAAGAACCUCUCUCAUGUGGCUUGCCAUGUGGCUGAGGAAGCUUGAAAUUUCCAGAUAGCCCUAGGGGAUUUUCCUGCUGGCAUGGCUAGAAGUUUGCCAAAGUUCUGACUGAUGACCCAUGCAGUAAACAAAGUUACCUCUAGGCACUCUUUCCCACAGUUAUGUUCUCUGUGGCAUGAUGGACAGAACAGGGACAGUGGCUGGAACACAAGUGGGGAAAGAACCAGGAUGAGUCUGUCAAAUGCAUACUCGAGUCUGCUUUGGGGCCUAGUCUUGUAUUGACAAUGGCGGUAAAGAAAGCUUACUUCACCACUACAGUUCUGUCUGCACAAAUGCCAUGCAGUGGGAGCUCCAGGGAUAAAACCACUCAAAUCUGCUCCAACUUGGAUGUAACUUUGGAUAAAGUACAGGAUGUACUAGACCUGUUCUUUUUUCUUAUAUGAGUUUCAGUUGUUGCAGCGUGGUGUUGACGUCCUGAAGGCUUGACACACACCUAUCUUUGCUAAAUAACAUCUAACGUCUUCUCAGUAGCCCACCGACUGGGACCUUCUCUGCAUAAACACAAUCAUGUCACAGUUAUCCAUGCUCUAGUAACAUUCAGGUUAUGAAAUCCAUUCAGAAACUUCAGCUGAUUCAGAACAUGGUAACCAGGUCAUUCACUGGGCUUCACUAUGGUGAACAUAUUGUACCAGUCACAAAAGAUCUUCUUGCUUCUAGUUCAUGGUCAGGCACCAUUUUUUGACCUAUAAGAGUCUGAGAUCAAGAUCUUGGGAGGGCCAGCUUUUCCUGUAAAAACUUGCCCACGUGGUAAGACAACCAGUGGAGGAUCUGAUUCCCCUACUGUAGAAUGCCCUACCUAGACAUGUUCUUCGGGUGCCUUCAUUACUGACUUCACCAGGCACUGCUGUUUUCACUUGGUUUCAGUUUUUAUUGUUUUCUUUAUUUCUUGGGAGGCCACCUUGUGGGCCUUUUCCCAUUAGGCAGAAGGCACUGGGUGGGAAGGCAGUCUCCCCUCUCCCCUAGGCCACAUGCAAGCGAGACUAGCUGUCCCUUUACACAAAGUGAGGAGCUCUAAAAAGUUUUGGAGAUGGGAAGGUGCUGUUACCAGACACCCCAGUCUCUGCUGAGCAGUAGGAAGAUUCCAGGAGUCUGGUACCUAAGCAGCAUUUGUCUUCCUUUGGAAUGAGGCAUGACAGAGACUGUAGUGUCUUUAAGAAAUGUGGUUUAUUUGCACAUAUUUACACCUGAGUUUUAUGGACUUCACAGUGCAGUACCCAAAUAUAUGACCACGGGAAGCACAUUUGGUAUAGAUAGGCAAGCUGUCUUUCUAGUCAGCUGUCAUAUCUAAUGGCCAUUAAUAAAUCCACCCUUCUGUAAAUGUGUCCAAACCAUUAAAAAGAGUGAUAUCUGUUUUUUUCCCUUCUAAUUUAUUUAAUACAUUUGUGUACUGCUUUUCAGGACAAGUCUUCCUAAAGCAAUUUGCAACCACAGCAUACAAUAAAAUAAACUUGUUAAAAAACCCUUAAAGGUAAAGGUAAAGGGACCCCUGACCAUUAGGUCCAGUCGUGGCCGACUCUGGGGUUGCGGCGCUCACCUCGCUUUAUUGGCCGAUGGAGCCGGCGUACAGCUUCUGGGUCAUGUGGCCAGCAUGACAGAGCCGCUUCUGGCGAACCAGAGCAGUGCACGGAAAUGCCGUUUACCUUCCUGCCGGAGUGGUACCUAUUUAUCUACUUGCACUUUGACGUGCUUUCGAACUUCUAGGUUGGCAGGAGCAGGGACCGAGCAAUGGGACCUUACCCCGUCGCGGGGAUUUGAACCGCUGACCUUCUGAUCAGCAAGUCCUAGGCUCAGUGGUUUAACCCUUACAAAGCAGCAAAACUAUAUCAUAAUGGUAUUAAAAGCAAAAAAGCCAGCAUUAUGAUUAUGCCACCAAAAUAUUUAAAAAUAUUCAAAUGAGGCCCAAAUGGUCAAAGUUGCUGACCGCAACACAUCUUGCCUCUUUGCUUGUUUCUCUUUCCUUAUGUCAUGACCUGCCCACCCACACCCCAAACUCUCCUGCUCGUCUCAGCAGAGAACGUGAUGGAGCAGCUUCCCGGCAUUCGCUCCUUGGGGGCAGAAACAAAGGAGAAUGCUCCCUUUCUGCUCACUUGCGGGAGGUUUGCGUUCCACUCUUCCCCAGAGAUUAAAGCACGUUCUAGUUUUAUUACAUUUCAUGGUCGGUUCCCUUCAUCCGUGGAUGUUUAUAUUAAAAACUCUCACUUUUGGCACUGCUUGCAUACUUUAUUAUUUUCCAUCCAUAAAUUUAUGGCCAAGCAAUAAAAAUGUCUGUUUCUCCCCCUCGCCUCACCUCCCUUUAUUUUAUGUUAAAACACUUUAUAUCACCCUUCCGUCAUAUUAGAUUUCAGGGUGCUGCAACAUAAAACAAAUGCAAACUGAAACAAGGAAACAGCAGAUAAAACUCUUCAAAUGGAUUAAAACUUGUUCCGUUAACAGCAGAACCCUGCAGAUAUUUAACUGGAAGUAGGUUCUGUUGAGCUCAGCAGGGCUUACAACUUAGUCUGUGUUGAAGCCGGUAGAACAUUCAUUGGGCAUGUGGAUAGGACUGUGCUGUGAAUCAGUAAAAUCUAUUGAAAUGCCUAGGUAAAUCUAAAAGAAAAUUGCUUUGGGCUGUGAUGCUGAAUUUUGAGAAGUGGGGGAACUAGAUUUGGUAGAGAAGACAGAGGCGGGCUGCAUUUUGACAACAGGCAGCCUCUCCUUGCCUUGGGUUCCCAGAUGUUAUUGGACUACCACUUCCACCAUCCCUGACUGCUUCUCCUGUUGGCUGUGGAUGAUGGGUGUGGUAGUUCAACCACAUCUGGAAACCCAAGGUUGGGAAAGGCUAUUUACAGGAUCAGGAAUGUGCUUGCAUUCUCCCUCUCCCUCUGACAUAAACAGCAUAAUAAUUAAUUAUUUCCUAAUUUGACAAAACUAUGGUUUGCUGUUGCAUCUGAGGAAGCUUAGAGUGCCGUGAACCUACUCAUUUGAGCAACCUCUUACGGGAUCUUGGCAGGUUCCGACUAGGGUUCAUGGCCAUCCUGUUGCUUGCCUAGAAAGAGGCUGGACCUUCGCAAGGGUUCCUGCUGAACCCUCACGAAUGCUAGAGCUUGGAUAUAGUUGAGGUUCCGGAGACCCCCAAAUUAUUCAGAAUGGUUGGUCAUUGUGGCCUCGUAGGGAGGAAGUGUUCCGCAGAUUUGUACCAUUUUUCUCUGUUGGGACAGUAAGUUGAAACAAGUGAAGGCAGUAAGUGCCCUAAGGAUGGAAGGGGUGAAUCAGGCAGGACAUGGCAAGGCUCAUGGAACAGAACUUCUCAAAGUUUCCAUGUCUCUUCUUCUGCCCUCUGUCUUGCAAUAAGUCAAUAGAUCAUUUCCUGUUCUACCAUUGAACUAUUCCGCAGUGAAUACAGAAUCGUUACCAUUGUGUAGCGAAGUAUCAAAUAACUGUUACCAGUUCUGUUGAUGAUGUUUAUGCUUAAAAUCUAAUAAAGCAGUCGGAUAAAUUUAUUAAGAGAAUAGCUAAGUUACACUAACUGGUGUGAAUGCCCUCGUUACCUAGUUUACUGAGAACCGGCAGAAUUUCUGGAUUGGGGAAUUUGUUGUUGAACUAAACAACAACAACAGCAGCAACAAUUGUGCAUUUCUUUUAAAAAAUGACCAAGAGAUGGCAAGAAGAGCACAAGUGCUCAACCACCUGCAUGAGAUAAAAUAGGGAUUCAGUUCCUCCCCCCCCCCCAAAAAAAGGUGAAGGUGAUUCUGUGGACACGAGGCCCAUUUCCUUUCCUCUUUGGUUCAGAGAUGGGGGUCUUGAUAACCCUGAAGUGUUCACUGAUACUACUGCAGAGUUAAACUGGAAAAGAUGGAUUUUGGCAAACAGCUUUGUGAGCAUCAGAUGAAGACACUACAGCUUGUUGAUGUUUAAAAUUUAGGGGAUUCUUAGAAUGAUCUGUGACCAGCUGGGCUUGUCCAUUUACCAAUACAGGAAGUAUUGCCCUGUAAUAAGUUUCAGUUGCCUGAAACGAUGCAUCACUUACCUUAAAAUCUAAUUGACUACAUAUCACUGUACUGUAUGCGGUCCUUUAUUAGUUGGGCUUUCUUGAGGAAGAGCGGGGGUUGCCAUGUAGUAGCAGAGUAUGUGCCAAGUUCCCCAUAGAAGAGUACCAGCCCUGCUUAAGGGAUCUUUCAGAAGACAACCCAGAGAGCAAAUGAGCCAAGUGGAACAAAGAAGAACUUCAGGGUUGCUGGCCAGUGCCAAUUGGGGUGAGGAAUACAGUAGGGGAGGGUUUCUGCUUGUCUACCUAUCUAUGUAACGUACCUGUUUCUUUUUCACACUCCAUAACGCACUCCUCCUUUGCGGUAUCCUGGAGCCCAGGUGUGCUUCAACAGACCCAGCAUAGCUACCUCACUCUUUGUUUUCCUGGUGUCCGAUGGCACUUCCGUGGAUGACCAGCCUAAGUCUACUGUGACAGUUCAGCUGGGUGACAUCAGUGGGCACAGCCACUUCCUUGGUGAGUGUGCAAUCAGUGAGUUUGGUUUUUAUCCAGGUUCUUGUGUGUCAUUAGGUUCUAACAUUUAUUUGCCGUUUUUACCAUUUGCUUCUUGUAAAGAGCAAGGCUAUUUUAGUGGACUUCAGACAGACAGGAGUGUUGUUUCUUUCCACCCUUUUCUCACUCCCUGGGAGCUGUAGUUGGUUUGGCAGCAGAAUCAUUGCUUAUGAUGUAUACGUUAAUUCUGUUUUUGCCUCUGUUAAAUAGUUUUUAAAGUGUUUUUUAUAAGACCUGCAAAACCUGUUUGACCAGAGACCACAAUGGAGCUGGGAAGAAAGAAAUAUGUGUGUACAAUUCAGUGGAAAGCAAAACCACGAGUCAGAUGUGUCUGUUGCUGUGCUGGCUCCUUUCAGACCACCUGUGGUGGCUUGAACGUCUGGCUGCUUCCCACCGAGACUCCUUGCACAUAAACAACUAGCUUGCCUGGGAAGAGUCUCGCCUAGAACCCUUUUCUUGAUAGCUUUGUAGAGUUAUGGAGUUUUAAAAAUGUGUGUAGGGAGGGGAGCAUUGAAACAUUGGAGCCCUACCUGUGCAUAGCCCUCACUGUGCCCCUGCCUGUUUAAAUUGCUUCAUAGAGCAGAAGGGUUUUCACAAAUGCGCUAUAUUACUUGCUACUCUGUUGACAGGGCAUUGCAUUCCUUCAGAACAGUGGUUUUCAGACUUCCUACUUGCCUUGGAACUCUUUCCACAGUUGCGUGUCGACUGAGGAAGCUGUGAAGCUUUACUGCCCAAGCCCUGUUUCACAGCAGAAGAUCCUGGUGUGCUUUCUAAAAACACACACUAGUCUCUUGCGGGGCGCUGGCGUGGCCUUUGGGCCUUACUGUUGCCCAUGUGUGACACAAAACAUACUGAACUUCCUUGCAGCUACAUGUUGUGGAGAAAGAUUGGUACUGUGCUGGAUUUCUUUAGGGACCUCUCUGCAUGCUGCUUCCUUCUCUUUCCUCCUCGUGUGCUUUUAUCACUGUUCCCUUCACCACUGAAUGAAGGGAAGGGGAGGGGGGAAGUGUUUGGCCGCUGUGAGGCAGUGGAAGUUGGCCAAAGAGAAUGGCAGGGUGUGUGGCAUCACUCUGAGCCCUUGGCUUGGCUUUGAGGUGUUUCCAGGUUUCACCUUUUUUCCCUGGGAAAUACAGACAAAUCUCAAUCCAGUCGGAGGAGAGACUCAGAGGGCUUAUCUUCUCUAAUUUAGAGGGACCCAAAGUUACUUUGUUCCUUAAUCACCUUUAGCAACGUACGAGCUGUCGUGCCAGCAGAAUCCACUGGUCAUCAACUUAAGUGACAACGUUUCCUUCCGCCAAAUCACAUCCGCCCUGCUCAACUUCUCCUCCCUCUCCGUGGGCAUCUCUGCAGUGGCCUUGAGGACACGUUCGCCACCAGACCCUCCCAACCCGAGCAACUGCCUCCCAGAGCACGAGGGGCAUGGCCGCCAGAGACUCAGGUAACUCCUCAGGAUUUGGUAUUGUCACUUCAAACCCCUGCAAAGAGACAGUUGCUUAAGGCUGUUAUCCUGACUCUCCUUGCCUUGGAUUGGCAAGAAGCAAGCCCCUCUGAAUUCAGUAAGACUUUCUUCCAAGUAGACAUGGUUAGGAUUGCACUGUUAAGUCUGCUAUUUUAUUCCCUUGCUGAGAAAGUGGAGAGUAACUGUCAGGAGCUGCUCUGUCCUGUGGGCAAAUCCAGAGUAAGUGUGUAAGAAGGGGCUGAGGGAUUAAGUCAGAGGUGAGGGAGAAGUAUUAACUUCAUGUUCCAGAAGGCAUAAGAGACAACAGCAGAGUGUUUUUUAAGAGAGCAGGAAACUUUGGGGCAACCUGAGUUGAUAAAGGUGUGAGGGGAACCACCAGGAGCAUAUUGGAAUACAAUAUCAGAAAGCAUGGUGCAAUCAGGCCAUCAAGAGCUUUAGAGUUUGUGCUGGAUACAGAAGACAACAGGAAAACUGCACCAUGUAAACGAUGAGGGAGGGAACGGCAGAAACCCCUUGGGUAGCGCUUCCACAGGUGCCCCACCUGCCCCACCCCCUCUGCAGAGAAGCAGCACUGCCAUUGGUGCUAUUUUUGGGCAAGAUCGCAUCCAUUUGGGGUGAGAUCACAUGGAUUGUGGUUCAGUUGCAGGCUGCUCUGCAACUGGAGUAAAGGGGGAUUUCUUUUUACUACCUGCUGUCUUGGUCAGUGCUUAUUCCCCUUUACCCAUUCAUGGCUUCUACGUACCACAAAACCCUUUGUGUAAAGCUUGUUGCAGAGGAAGUCACUCUGGAAUGGGGGAUUAGAAGCCCAUGCUCCCAAAGCAGAAGUGGGAACAGAUGCUUGGAAUGAAAAAUAAAUAGCCUUUGUGUCCCCUCUUCCCUGAAAUUCCAUGAAGCCCAACUAGGUUCAGUUUCACUCAGAGAACAGCGGGCGCUCAUGCAGCUUACACUUUAAAAUUUGUAUAAAAGAACUCACUUAGCUUGCAAAACAGAAUUUGGAGACUCUUUGGUCGUUAUGUAUUUCAGGCACAUGCCUAAGAUGCUGUAAGUAAACCAAAAAUGUAAACAAGGGGAACUAUAGAGCCACUUUGGGAGUGUCCAGUGCUUGGACAUGCUCAAUGGGAGUUUAAAAGCUUUUUUUAAAAAAAAAAGUAAAAAAAAAAGUGGAGCUGUGGAGACCAGCACUUACUUGAAAGAAAACCUCUUUGUCACUGCCACAACAUGUAUAUGUCCCAUAUAAAAGAACCCCAGUGUUAAUGGGGUAUUCAAAAUUCCAGACACAUAUAAUCAGAGCAGGUAUGGUAAAAAAAAGUGUGCACUACAUUUGUAGAAUGCUCUCCUCAAGAAGGUUUGGCUGGCACCUUCAUUAUACACCUUUAGGCAAAAGCAUUCCUCUUUAACCAGGCCUUUGACUGGUUGACAUCCUAUGCGCUUUUAAAAUGUAUUGUGAAAGAGGGGGUUUGCUUUGUUUUUCUUUUUAUUCUGUAUUUUCUGUUUUUUAUAUUGUGAUUUUAUGUUGUGAACUACCCUGAAAUCUAGGUAAAGGUAAAGGACCCCUGGAUGGUAAAGUCCAGUCAAAGGUGACUAUGUGGUGUAGUGUUCAUUUCGCUUUUGAGGCCAAGCAAGCCGGCAUUUAUCCACAGACAAACAUCCAGGUCACAUGGCCAGCAUGACUAAACCACUUCUGGCACAACGCGUCACCAUGACAAGUGCCAGAGUGCACGGAAACACCGUCUACCUUCCUGCCGGAGUGGUACCUAUUUAUCUACUUGCACUUUGACGUGCUUUCAAACUGCUAGGUUGGCAGGAGCUGGGACCGAGCAACGGGAGCUCACCCCGUCACGGGGAUUCGAACCGCCGACCUUCUGAUCAGCAAGCCCAAGAGGCUCAAUGGUUUAGACCACAGCGCCACCUGUGCUUGAAGUCAAAUGGCACAGGCAAAGGUACAGGGCACUGCAAGUUCCACUUUCUGGCAGCACCUUCAAACCCCACUUCCUUGGCCUUGAAAUUAAACCAUGUAGGCAAAGGCACAGGACUUUGCAGGCUCAGCUGAUUAGCAGUGCCCUCAAACCCUGCUUUUGGCAGGGAGCCACAUCUUUCUCCUUCCCCACACCUGGAGAGGAAGUCAGUGUAGUGCUAUGGCCAUUGGUCUGUCAGCUUAAGCUUUUCAGGUUGCCAGAUGCAAUUCUCCCCUCUCUUGCUGGGCCUAAAUGCAUGGGUCCUGGUGGAUACAAGCUGGGGCAUCCGAGCCAUGGAACCAACAGUGACUCCCCUGAGUACAUCAGGGAUUGGUCAGCGAGAGUAGGGGUUAGUUAAGAAGAAGAAGAAGAGGAGUUUGGAUUUGAUAUCCUGCUUUAUCACUACCCAAAGGAGUCUCAAAGUGGCUAACAAUCUCCUUUCCCUUCCUCCCCCACAACAAACACUCUGUGAGGUGAGUGGGGCUGAGAGACUUCAGAGAAGUGGGACUAGCCCAAGGUCACCCAGCAGCUGCAUGUGGAGGAGCGGAGACUCGAACCCGGUUCACCAGAUUACGAGUCUACCGCUCUUAACCACUACACCACACUGGCUCCUUGUAAAUUAAUACAAGACCUUGAACAUGGCCCAGUAGCAUAUGAGCAGCCAGUGCAUUCUUUUGAGCACUGGAGUUCUGUGCUGGCAAUAGUCUGUCCCCCAUCCACCGUCCAGCUGCAGCCUCCAGACUAGGCCCAAGCAUAGCCUCACGAAGAGCUCAUUGCAGUAAUGGAGUCUUGAGGAAGUGUGGGUGGGAGGGGGAGAUCUGUAUUGCAUUUGAUCCUUGUUGAAGUCCCCAGAAGCUCAACGAUUUGACAAACACAUGUGCUUGUAAAAUAUAUAUUAAAAAGAAGCAAAUGGAAAUCUAAGCUAGUGAAAGAAUUUUUAGCAGCUGCCCUAAAACCAUUUCUCACUUCAUAAACAUGUCUGCGUGUAGGGAGAAAAGAAAUAUUUUGUCUUGCGGUCCCUUUUCUUGCCAUUUUCACUUGUCCUUGCCUCUCCCCCUGCCCCCAAAAGGAAACCCUUUCAAAACAGUCUGUUCCUUUUCAGUGUUGGACUACUAGUCUUGGCAAUGCUCUUUCUACACAUAUGGUUUGGAUCCAGGGGGGCUCCAUCGUGGCUGUCCAUUGCUAAGCUGAUGUUGGGCAGGUCCUCUGGCUGCUUCCCUCCUUCAGAACUUCCUCUUCUUCUGUUUUCCGGGUGGUGGUGCUCUCCAUCGUCCCUCAUGACAGCAAGUCAAGACCAAUUACUUUUAGAUUAUGCAAACAUCAUAACUAGCAUAUUAGAAGCUGUAUUCCUUCCCGUGUGACAGAGAAGAAAGAAUAUUGCUUCUGAGAUCAUGUUCUUUACUUUUAUAAUAAUUUGUAUUAAAAUUAACUUUUUUAAAAAACAAAACACCUGUUCUUUCAGUUAUCGGGUGUACAGCAGGCACACCACAGUUUAGAACUACUUCCUCUCAUCUUAGUGGUGGCCAUUUUGGUAAUUGUUAAUUGAGUCAUCACUCAGAACUAGUCUGCACAAUCAACCGUUUGCAAAUGCACAUCAAACUGCAGUUACAAUUCUGGCCAGUUGCAAACCAUGGUUUGUCUCCAAACUAUAGUUAAGCUUCCAAAAUAACAAUUCAAUUGAGCUGUGACAUAUUCCAUACUUUUAUAUUUCAUUAUGUGUUUUGUCCCCAGCAUGAUCAUGUUCCUCUCAUAUAGCCAUUUCUGCAGGGAAUACUGACUGAACACUGACUUUGAGUGGUAUAGAAUAUAUUGUAUAUGUUCAAUAUCACUUAGAGCAGGGGUUGUCAACCUGGUCCCUACCACCCACUAGUGGGCGUUUCAGGAUUCUAGGUGGGCGGUAGGGGGUUCUACGGCACAAGCUGAAUCCUCCUUCCACCGAGUACUGGUGGGCGGUAAGGAAAUUUUACCAUCAAGAAAGGUGCACUGGGGGCGGUAGGUCUAAAAAGGUUGAGUACCCCUGACUUAGAGAAAGGGCUUCACGCCACCAUCUUGUAAAUUUAUGUAGCAAAAUACAAUUCCGUGAUUUGAAAGAACAGAAUCAUCCUUCCACCUGACCCCCUGGUAUUUAGAAGUUGGCAUCUCUGGCUUAAAUCAGUAAGUUAUGAUAAGUGGUUUAACGUAAAGUAAUACAGGCUUGGUCCAUCAAAAUUUAAGUCCUUUCCUAUAACAACUUAGGACCAGGUUACCUGUGUAGACUUGCCUGUAUGGACUUGCUCACUCAUUGAGAUCAGGCCCUCCUGGUUGUGCAGCGUGAGCCCAGCCUGUUAUGUACUGAAGUUCUCACCCAGGGCCAGCAGGGGGAUACUGUAGAUAGUUUUCACUCAGGUCCACAUAUGCAAAUAAGGGAUUCAAAGUGACAUUCAGUGAUUGGAUAGUUACAGAAAAUGGUUACUGUUGCGUUCUGGUGGAGCUCUAUAUAAGCAGGCUGGCUGAACCCUUCAGUUCAGUUCUGUUCUGGCCUGUGAAUAAACAAGAGCUGUUUGAAGAAUCACUGUGUCGUCUGAUAUGUUCACCCACAACUUAACACAGCAUAUGGAAUAAAAUGCCCCUUGUCCCUCGCCAGACAGUCCCUUGCCAACCUUGACUGGUUCUAAGUGCGUAUUAAAACAUUUUGCUGGUUUUUAAUAUCAAGCUUGUAGUGUUUGUUUUAGCUACUGUGGAUAUUAUAUAUAUUAUAAUGUGCUGAUCUUUGUAUUUAUUUGAUUAUGUUAUCUGUAAACUGCCCUGGCAUUUUUCUUAAUGAAGAGCAGUAUAAAACUGUCCUAAAUAAAUGAAUAAAGGCCUACUUUUGAAUUUUGAGGCGCAAGCAUUUUGCAGCACUAAUUUGUUAUGACUCUUUCUUAGAAUCAGUGGUGCAUAGCUUGGCCCCCUGACAACUGUUAUUAAUGAAGGUUUUCUAAAACAACAGUGGGAAUAAUUUGUUCUCUUGCUUUCCAUUCAGAAAUCAGCUUUGCAGAUGAAAUUUCUUUAAAACACAUUGAUUUAUUGUUAAAGGAUACUAGUAAUGAUAGUCUCUCAAGGCCAGCGCCCUUGGGGAAUAACUUGCAAGCAGGGCAUGGGGUAUUGGUGGAGGGAGGGCAGAACAACAGCACAUUUGAUGUAAAAAAGCGUUGGAGUAAUCACACACUGUGAACCCACCAACCAAAACUAAAUCACAGAAAGAAUGCCCUGUGUCACAUAUAACUUGUACUAAACAUUAGGAAGAAAUGUGGAGUUUGAGGGAGCUGGGAGAGACAUACAUUAUUGGCGCUUGAGCAGCGGUUCAUUAAAUUCUGAAAUGAAGUUAGUGUUUACUGAGGUGCUCAGUUCAGCUGGCACUCAGCACAUGCUUCAGAACUCAUUGACUCUUAGCUCUGCUCUACAGGUGACACUGCAAUGAGUGUGGGCUCUUUGCAAGCACAAAGAGAAAAUGUAUUUUGGUGCAGGCUGACUACUGUCAGUGAAAGGGGAGGCCAUAAAUUUAGUUGUACACUGAUGCCUAAUCUGGGACCUAAGGCAUUUGCCAGCUGCUGACACAAGUACACAACUCUAGCCUGUCAUUAAUUAGACUUGAUGACGUGGAACUUCCUUCUGCUUGGCUGGCCAAACCUACACAUCUGCCACUAACUUUAAUCAAUAGCCUUUUGCAUUCCAUCAGGAUAAUGUCCUGCUCUUCACCUGGGGCUCCACUCAUCUAUUAUGCAAAUAUGGUAUGGACUUAAAAUACUCUGUGGUGAUGGUUCUAUGGCAUAUUCACCUACAUUUCCUAAGACGUCCCUCUCUAACUUGCGAUAAGAAACUUCUGUGCGCAUCUUGAACAUCUGCUUCUGCCCUCUGGAAUCAGCCUUAUCCCAUUAUCACUUCCUACCAGUGGGAGGCAGAGCCUCGAUCGCCUUUUGUCUCAAGUAACCCCUCCCUGUGUGUAACAGAAUCUCCAGCUGUUUCUUGCCAAAAGACUGAACAACAUAGUUAAGGAUCCCGGAUCUAUUCAUUCUGCUCCAAGGGGAGAAAAGCCUCAUGUUCUCACUUCUCCUCCUUCUUUGAUGCCAAAGGGGUUCUGGAUGUUUAGAUUAAAAAUAUGGAUGACAGUAGGGUGUAUGGGUGACACUCUGCAUUCCCUUGUGUCAAGCUUGUUUUGUCACAGUGCUAAGAGGAGAAUGCAGUCCCACCUUGCAAUACAAGAAGCUGCAUUUUGAUUCUCCUCCCUUUCUCUCCACAGCUGCACCCAACACACCUGUGGAGAGGAUGGCAGCUGUGUGCAACCAUUUAUCCAUCAUGCUGCUGCUGUCAACUGCAGUCCCAGCAGCCAGGGGCAUAUGGAGUGUGCUGUUACCUGUGAAAAGGGCUUUGUCCUCCAUGCCAGCCAUGGGCAGCUGCUGCGCCCAGGACAGGUGGGUACAUGGGGUUGUGAUGUUAUUUCACGCAUGCUUCAGCAAGCGGGUAGAUGGGGCUUCCAGACAAGCCACUGCAGUCCCACCAGUUAUUUAUCUUUCCCAGUGUACUCAGUAGAUACAUUGUACAGGACGAAGGGGUCUUGUGGCAAUGAUUCACAGGUGGUGGCUGUGAGGAAGGAAACAAAAAUUUGUGGACUUUAUGGUUGUAAAGAUAGGCUUGAAGACCUGUAUGAAGUUUAUCAUCAUAGCUUCAUGUACUUUUUCGAAUGGUCUCCAGUUAUGAUUGCUGCCUUUGAGUGACCCCUAUUCUCUCUCACUUUCCCAUUCUUUUUCUCCAGUUACCACAUUGCUCCCUGCCAAAAAUAUUUUAAUGUUUGGCAAAGAAAAGAAACGAAAAAAAAGGCGAGACCGAAAUAUUGGGGUGGAAAGAAAAGAACUUCCUGCAAAUGAUAACUAUUUGCAGAAUUUACUUUGAAUGCAGAAACUUCAGUUUCCUUUGUGCCAGACUAGGGUUCCUUUGCCACAUAAUCUAGUCGUGUUUUAGGCCAAAUUGAUCUCUGAUGUAACACUGAGUCAGCUAGUGGGCUUUCUGAGGAGUUUAAUAGAACCAUUACAGUACAAAAGCUAAGAAACCUUGCUGUGAGCUAGGUAGGAAGUGUCUGGUUCAUAUUUUGCUUCUCUCGUGAACUUGCCAGAUAGGUUUGGCAAGUUACUUUCUGUUAUCCACGGUGCUAUCCAAUUUGCAUUAAUGGGAUGGUGAUAAUAAAAUGACCUGUCAACAGAUUAUAGAAAUAAAACAUAUGAAAUACUUUUAAAGGGUUAGAUAGAUACUAAGUAUUACUAUCAUUAAUAUGGUCCAGCAGGAAAUGACCAGGGAUGGAGGCUGCCUUCUUCUUUGACUGAUUUUUAUUCAGAUCAAAUCACAAGAACGAUAGAUGCACAAAUCCAACUCUGUGUCCCAAGCAUCUAAACUGGGAAUUGUGCCAUCACAUGCCAUUCAUUCAUCAUCAGGAAAAGUGGCCUGCCCAAAUGUGAAAAACUUAACAUUUUAUUUACAAUCUGUUGUUGGUUUCAGCAACUGAGAGACCCCUGGGGUGAUACAUGCAGCCCCUGGAAAGCGGGGGUCACUAACCCCCAAAUCUCCAACCCAGAGGCAAAAAUGGCGUGUGGUUUGGGUAACAGAUACAGCUGACCAGUGGCCUAACCCUGCUGUCUUUUAGCAUAGCCUUUUGACCAAAAUAGUUGCUAUUCAGGCUGUUAAAGGCUUUUGAAUUAGUCCCUGCCACUGAAAGGGCAGUCCGGAUACCACUGGGAAAGGAAGCCAGUCUGAAAAGAAUUAAAAGGGAUACUUGAUCAAAAUUUAUGAAGGCCUGUCAGCGGCUUGGAAAGAUGCAUGCGUUAGAUGGUUCUAUCUGGGUGGCUUGGUCUCUCUUCCAUCUUCUCUAAUGGUUAAUCAUAUGACUCUCCAGUUAAUCCAGAUGUGGGCAGAUGCAAUUUGGAUUGGGCCCUGGGUCCUCUCUUGCACACACUGCAUUCUCGGGUGAAACAAAGUAUCCUUUUUGCUUUAAUUUUACACACACACACACACCAGCAAAAUAAACCUGCCUCGUUUAACAUUUCCAUGUUUGGCACUCAAGCAGGAAACAUCUUGGCAGAAAAGACUGUGUGAGUCCUCCUGCUCUUGUGCCUUGCUGUGGAAGAGGCACUGCUAGCAUGACAAGUGAGGCAAGUUAGGGCAGAAGUGCACAAUGGGAUUGGCACUCUUGACAUAGGUCUCACCCCCCCCAAUUAAAUGCCUGGUGCAGGGAGACUCCUGAUCAUUACCAGAAUUGCAGCAAGUGGGGAGAAGAGUCGGCUUUGUAAAAUCUCAGCUUUCAGUUAUGAUUCUAUUUUAACAAGAAAAUGUUUCUAAUGUGAACCUCCUGAACGUGAUAAUAUGCUGAGAGUGUACAGCAUUUUGAUGUCUUGGGAGUCAGAGGGUAAGUUGAGGAGGCAGGGCUUUCCACAACCGAAAUCGACAUGAAUUGCACAAAAUUGCAGUUGUAUGAAAUGAGGAAAUUAUCCUAGUUUAACUCAUUUUGUAAAACAACAACAACAACACAUCAUUAGCUGACAACCACUUUUUCACUUCCCAUCGUUUGCAAGCCUGAGGUCAGGGCAUGAUUCUCACUUCCGCCUGCCACCAGCACUGCAUUGGAGUUUUGACUGAUGUGAGUCAGUUUGGGGAAGCAGUUCUCAUGAUCUGCCGAUUGUCAGUGCUGUAAAGCAAGACCAGGCACCUGCCAGCCCAGAGGCAGAGGCCAAUCUCCUGGCGGUUCCCAUCUGGACUCUGGCUUGAUUCCUGAGCCAAGGACAGCUCUUAGAUUGCUGUAUCAGUCUUGCGACAAUCAGUAGAAAUUCACAGCAACCUUUCCCCUCUUUCCCCUUCAGAAAGAAAUUCUCUUGACCUGUAACUAUGGGCGUUGGGACAGGUCUGUGACUUGCGACCCCAUCGACUGCCAGUUUCCAGACCAGUCACAUGUCCUGUAUGCCGAGUUCUCUUGCCCUAAAGGGACCACCUACAUGAAGCGAUGCUUCUUCUCCUGUAUCAAGCCAGCAAAGCUGCAAGGUAUGCUGAUGAGCUUUACUUGAUGACCCUUCUCCCUUAGGCAGCUCUGAUGAUGCACUGGAGCUUCAGAAAGUUAUGCUCUUGUCUUUGCAAAUAAUUCUGUCUAAUUUUCUGAGUGGGUGCUUCUUCUCCCUCCCUUCCCUUUCCUUCUCUCUCUCGCUCUCUUCACCCCCCCUCUCCCUCUCUUACUUGGAGUCAGGAAUGAGUCAGUGGCUGACCUGCCUGGACGAUGGCCUCUGGUCACUCCCGGAAGCUUACUGCAAACUGGAAUGUGACACUCCACGCCCAGUUCCCAAUGCUAAGCUGCUGGUGCCCCGCUGCUUGCAAGGGAAUCACGAUGUGGGCUCUGUCUGCCGCUACAAGUGUAAGCCUGGAUACCACGUGGCGGAAACCACAGAGGAGAAGCCCAAGAAGUGAGUAAAGGAAAUAUAUUAUCUCCCUUUGCUAUUUUCCCUGUUGCCUCUUCCACCUUAGCAUAUGCACUUCAGUCUUACUAGAGCGCUGGCUGGAUUUGAUGUUGCCACUGGAGUAUUUGCGCUUGGCCAGUGGGUUUGAUGGUGGCCAGUCUCGCUCCUGCUGGGAGAUCUGGCAUUUUCCCCAAGCAUACUAGUGUGUUGUGAAUGUCAGCUAAAAGGUCAAUCAACAUUGGCGUCCAAGAACAGGUGCAGAAGGCAAGGUGGAGGAGUGGAAGCAGGAGAAAGUAAGGUCAGCCUCUGACCUUCUCUAGAGAGUGAGGUGGAAGGUAAUAUAAGCCAUGACUUAGCCCGGAGAAGGUUUAGAAUGGCUGGUAAUUGAAGUCACAACACUGUUUGACUUGCAAGGGAUUGGAGUUAAAAACUGAUAUACUCCAAAAGGCUGUCCUUUAGAGCCAGAGUUAUGGGAUGAUGUCUCGUGAGUCAGUGCAUAGCCAACUAAGUUCUACUCAGAGUAGAUGCAUUCAAAUUAAUGGGUGGUAGCCAGCGAGCCACUGUGGUGUAGUGGUUAGAGUGUUGGAGUAGGAUCUGUGGGCAGGGUUCAAAUCCCUGUUCAGCCAUGAAACUUGCUGGAUGUUCUUGGUCCAGUCACAGUGGGCUCAGUCUAACUUAGCUCAUAGCAAUGUUGUGAUGGGGAGGAAGAGAACCGUGUACGCUCCGUGUGAGCUCCUUGGAGGAAAGAUGGGAUAUAAAUACAAGAAAUAAAUAAACUUCAACAGUUUUACUCUUGAGUAUGACUAACACUGACACAACCCAGGGUCACUUCUGGUCUUCCAGAAAAGGUAAGAAAGUGAGAUAUACAUAUAUAUGAGUUGGCUAUUUUAUAUAUAUAUAUAUAUAUAUAUAUAUAUAUAUAUAUAUAUAUAUGAGAAUGAAUUGCUGUUCUUGGACUUGUCCAUAGUAUUUUGCAGCUUUAAGGUUGCAGAGGACUUUUAAUUAACAAGACUUACUUCCAGUAAAACGUUAUGGCAUAAUCUCCAGGGGAGGUCUAGAGAACGGGCCUUUCCUGCAGUGGCUCCCCAUUUGUGGAAUGCCCUCCUCAGAGAGGCUCCCCUGUUACCUUCAUUGCAUAUCUUUAGGUGACAGGCAAAAAUGUCUCUCUUCAAUCAGGCGUUUGGCUGAUUAACAUUCCAUGGCUUCCCUUUUAAAUGUGUUUGUGUGAGGGGGCGCACGUUAUUCGUUUGCUUUAAUUUUUGUUUUAUUGUGUAUUUUGUAUUCUUAUUUUGCGUUUUUCUGUUGUGAACCACCCUGGGCUCUUCGGAUGAAGGGCUGUAUACAAAUUAAACAGGGUGUAUUUUUGUAACUUUGUAAGGUGGAUAGCCAUUGGGUAAGCCUAGUCUUGGUUGGAGGGGAGGUUGUAGCCUCUGCCUGCCCCUCCACGGGUAAGGUUAGGGGGCUAGGGCCAUGCCACUCCACCAAUGGGGAUCGCUUGGGGGAUGCCCCGAUUUGACCUAGGUCAUAGGGCAGCCCCUACUUGCUGGCUCCCAGCGGGCGGGCAGGAGUGAAAUGUGCAGUUGCUUACCUCAGUGCCUAUGGCCAAACCUUCACAUCUGUAACUCUAGUGAGGCAUGUCAACCUGGAUAGCUCAGUUAGUUAGAGCGUGGUGCUGAUAAUGCCAAGGUUGCAGGUUCGAUCCCUGCAUGGGACAGCUGUCUAUUCCUGCAUUUCAGGGGGUUGGACUAGAUGGUCCUCAGGGUCCCUUCCAACUCCACAAUUAUUUAAUUGUUUUCAGUUUUCUGAAUGAUCAAGUUUUUAAAAUAUGCUGUGUGUUGUCUAGUUAUUUGCGCCUUAGGGAACAGGGUGGUCACGGGGCCUCACAAUGGAAAGCCAAAACAGACAGAUCCUCUCUUCCUUUCCCUCGAGUCUUGAUUCUUCUGUCCUACCUCAUGGAAUCAGCUCUGUUAUCCUCCAGUGCUAUGAAAAUCCAGUCCUUCCCUCUCCACCCCCUUUUUCCAAUCCACAUGAAAAAUCUGCCUUUGGUAAGAAAACAGUUAAAAUAGUACAUAAGUGAAUUUAUGCUAACCUUCAUCAUUUUUAAAUGUCAAAACUGUACCUCUCCAGCUUCUUUUUUUAAUGUAGAACUCUACCCUCUAAACACAACAUUUAUUUUCCCCCCUAACAAUAUUGUUUCUGGAUAGAAAAAAUGCUCACAAUUACAAAAUAGUGUGUGCAUGAGUAAAAUUUGCAUUACUUGCGAUCUUGACAAGUUUGCAGAAUUUGGCUUUCAUUGUGGCAUAAAUUUGAGUUCCUGUUCACAGUAAGUCUGCUUCACUCUCCGCCUUUUAUGUCUGCAAUUCUAUACUUACUUUAUAAGCUCUAUUAAACUCAAUUGACCCUAUUUCUUAGUAGACAUUGGAUUGCACUGGAAGGAUGUUUCCAGAUGGUGACCUUAUAUAGCAAAUGAAUACUUCAGAUGUGAUUUUUCUGUAUGCACAUUAAUGUGUAGAAUAUACCUGGGUCCCAAGUUGUUUAGAGAGAUUUAAUAAGUCAAUAGUAUUUGGAAUUAGAUUCAGAAGUAGGCGGCCAGCCAGUGGAGCUCUUUUGACACUAACAAGAUAUGAUCUGAUUUUGCUGCACCUGUCAAAAUCCUGGCAGCUGUGUUCUUAACCAACUAAAGCUUUUGGAACGUCUUCAGACAGAGCCUCACGUAUAACGUACCAUAGUAAUCCAAUCAGGAAGUUGCCAGGGCAUGGAGAACUGGCUAGACUGACCUCUGUCCAGAAGAGAGGAUGAACCAGGAAGAUGGCACCCUGAUGGGCUCACAACAUAAAAUCACAAUAUAAAAAAGACAAACUAUGUAAUAAAAAUAGGAAGAAAAACAAAGCAAUAAUCCCCCUCCCCCCUCCCAUCUUGAUUCCUACUCAGAUGUACCAAAUAAAAAAAAUAUUGUUCGCAGGAUCACAUCCUAUUCAAGGUUCAUUCAUCUUUCAGAGCCAGAGGCAGGAGAAUCUGGAAGUAGGUAAACAAAUUGUCACUUGAGGAUCCUUUAUACCAGCUGUUAUUUGGUGAACUUAUUCUAGUGAACAAAAUGCCAGCCCAGAGCAGUGGUCAUGCUGAAUAAUAACAAGAACAUGAGCAAGCUACAGGCCCCCAUGCCUUUGCACCAAAGGCUGAUCUUAUCCUCACCCUCUGUUUUCCUUUCUUGGUAUAUCCCUCUCCCGCCAGUAGGUCCCACAUUAUCCAAACAUUGCAGUUGAUUUGAAGUUAGAUCAUAAAAAGUGUAGAGAGAGAGGUGGAUGUGGGGAAGGGAAAUGGAAAUAAUCAGCAGGGUGGGACCUGGAAAUUCUUCAGAAAGGCCACUGUGGGUGAACGAGGAUAGAGCUAGGAUGAUCAAGAGUGUAGCUUGGCCGCAGGCCACCUAACAUUAACUGGAAAUGUAUGCAGCCCUGUUCAUAUUUUUGCACCAAAAUAAUUCCAGUGUCUGUGCCAACUAAACCCAAAUUCUUUGCCCUGUAAACUCAACAGGCUGCACUCCAGCUAAAUUAUGAAAAUCAUCUUCUUCGUGUAUGUUUGCGCUUGCAGAGUAAGCCUGCUCAGUUUGCAUGAUUUAUUUUGAACACAUGAAAGGGUUGGUGGGUCCUGCGCCACCCAGAAAACCUUUAAAAAUGAACAAGGCUGUAAGAGAAGAUUCAGCCACUGCUCCUCUUGCCCCAGCCCUCCUCCUGUUGCAGCAGGCGAGACUCCGCUUUACUCCACAGUAAGAGAAAUCUAAAUGUAAAAUGUCUGAAACUAAGCGGAGUUUGGGCCCUCUACUCCCACAAACGCAGCAGUAUAAAACUUUUUAUAUCCUGCUUCCUAGCCAAAACGAGAGAAAACUUCAGGGAGGAAGAGAUAGUAAGCAAAGCUUGUGGGCAGAACUCCCACCCUGCUGAAGAAUUGAACCAUUUUACAAACCCAGAACUUCUUCAUGGUUCUACUCAUCUGUUAACUGCCCUGGGAGCAUCUCUACAGAAGGGUAAUGCUGAAAUCUAAAAUGAAGCAAAAACUAUGGUUUGCCAGUUAAGAUUCAGACAUCAAAACAAUUUGUCAGAUUUUUUUUAUGUGGAGCAGUUUACUUCAGAAACACACACACAAAAUUAAAGGUAAAGGGAUCCCUGACCAUUAGGUCCAGUUGUGACCAACUCUGGGGUUGCGGCGCUCAUCUCGCUUUAUUGGCCAGCAUGACUAAGCCGCUUCUGGAAAACCAGAGCAGCGCACGGAAACGCCAUUUACCUUCCCGCUGGAGCGGUACCUAUUUAUCUACUUGCACUUUGACGUGCUUUCGAACUGCUAGGUUGGCAGGAGCAGGGACCGAGCAACAGGGGCUCACCCCGUCACGGGGAUUCGAACCACCGACCUUCUGAUCGGCAAGUCCUAGGCUCUGUGGUUUAACCCACAGCGCCACCCGCGUCCCACACACACAAUUAUACCCUAUCAUAAUUUGGUCAUUAGCAAACAUUGAGAAAAGUCUAGCAUUUGUAUACUCUUAGCUACCUUCAUUGAAAGUACCAAAAUAGAGGUUAAAAAAUAUACUCUAAGGGUAACUAAUCUGUAUUAACAUGACUUAACUCACCCUGUGUUGCAGCCCUGACAUAAAAAGGGAGGGGGAUUUACCCCAGAACUAUUCCAUAGAGGAAAGGGUUUUUUUGUUUUUUUUAAAACCCUCACAGCACAACCUCAAUCCUGAUCCACAGAUGCUGAAAUUUAUUCAUGCAUUCAGGGCUGGCCCACCCAGCAAGCAAAGUGAGGUGACUGCUUCAGGCGGCAGGAUUCACUGGGAUUCACCCCUUAUUCCUGAUGUAGAUCUUUAUUCACCCCUUCUUUCCUGGUGGGUAUGAGGGUACCAUUUUGUGCUUGGCCUCAGGUGCCAAAAUGUCUUGGGUCAGCUCUGCAUGCAUUUCAUACAUUAUCUAGUUCGGCCCGUAGUCUACCAUGAAGGAAGGGAAUAUUGCUGUAGACUAGAGGUGUUUAUCUGUCUCAUAGUGAAGAGCGAGAGGUGUCUGUUUUGAUGCUUUUGCUGUUCACUGAGAAAACAUGAGAGACAAGGAUACUGACCCUUAAGGCUACAGUUUUGUUUCCAUCCAGUUUACCAGUAAAUACCUCUCCUCUUUCCUGCUCUGCUGCUUGGAAUCCUUGAAUCUCCUGCCAUUGGCAGAUAAUGUGAAGCUUUUGGACUAAUUUAUUGCCAUCUUCCUUGGCACCUAAACCUGGCUACUGCUAAUACACACUUGGGGGAGGGCCAGUCCCCCUGCUGUAUGGAUUGUGAUGUUUUCAAGAUUGAUGUUGAGGCCUUCACAUCAAACACACCUCUUGCAGUGCCUCAUAUGUCUUCCCGAGGCUUUCAAAUUUUGCCCUUUAAAUGUUGGAAUUUUUUCUAAAACCCUUGAUUUUUUUUUGUUUUAUUUUUGCUUUGGCUCCACUGCUAAUCCUAAAUAAAUGUCAGUUUUGUAGGAUCAGAAGAAGUGGUCGUGGCUCUGUUACAAAGGAGGGUUAAGAGCAAGUUUUUAAAGUCUCUCUCUUCCCCCCGCCCCUUGCUUCAUCCUUUCCCAGUACCUCUCAGUAAACUGGCUGCUUAGCUGGCUAUGUGAACAGGUACUUAACUCCCCUCCCUUCUCCCCAGACACAGACACUCUGUUUCAGGGUUAGGUAAGGACAAGUAUAUUUUGCAGGCACCUGAAGAUUGAACUCAGAAGGCUACAAGUGUGAUUGAACUGGAGAAUCCCUUCUCCUCCCUAUAUGAUUGGUUGUGCGCCCCACUCCCUCCAGAUUUUUCCAGCUCUAGGGCUCCAGAACUUCAGAAUACUUGAGAGUCAGAGCCUGCCUUAUAUGUAGAUACUUUCCAUAUGAUGAGCAUCACAUGUAUGCAGGAUCUCCGCCUCUUCCUUCUCUGCAGCCACUGAGAGGUGCUUUGCUGUGAGCCUUUGUCGAUUGCCAAAGUGAUCCCAGAAGACAGGGUGCCAACCUUAAAUGAGACAUUCUGGGAUCCAUUUAAAACGGGGCGGUGGCAGGGUAUGUAGGAAUGCUUGAAGAAUCCGAUCCUAAUGCAAACUACCUGAUCUGUCCGCUCAGACUAAUGUGCAGACCAGAAUUCAGCUAUCCUUUGGAAUUCACCUUUCUCUGAAUGUUGUAAUCCAGUUCUUGGCACAGAUAAGUAUCACAAUGCAUUUACAAUGCCUAUUUUCAGAGAAAGUAUGUUCCAGAAUAAACACUUAAUUAUAGUAGUCUCUGUCUGUGUGGGGGGGGUGGGGUUGUUAAUGGGACAAAGAGCGAACACAUUAGAAAGUGACACAUCCUGGAAAUCGGCCAAUGAGUGCAUCUUUACUUACCUUUUAUUUUUCUAAUGAUGUUUGUAACAUUCAGCUAGGAUCUCAGAUAUAAUGGAGUUCCUUAUAUUAUUUUAAUUUAUGUUGAAAUAUUUCUAAUUUUCUGGACCAAGUCUGCAAACAAAAUACAAGCAUAAGGAUGCAUUAAUGUAAGGCUGUAAACAUUUUAAACCAAAAAUAAAUCCAAUGGUACAAUAAAAUCUGCCAAUGUAGAAACACAUUUCUAGUUUCUUAGGGAGCUAGGUUUUCGUUGAGUGUUUCCAUUCGUAUGGAAGCAGCUCUGGGAAAGAACAACAGUGCCAACCAGUGGCUGCAUCAGAUUCCUGUGGUGUGUGUGUGGGGGGGGACUGUUUAGAAAAGGAGUCAGCAAACUUUUUCAGCAGGGGGCCGGUCCACUGUCCAUCAGAACUUGUGGGGGGGCCGGACUAUAUGGGGGGGGGGAUGAAUGAAUUGCUAUGUCCCACAAAUAACCCAGAGAUGCAUUUUAAAUAAAAGCAUGCAUUCUACUCAUGUAAAAACACGCUGAUUCCCAGAUCGUCUGCGGGCCAGAUUUAGAAGGCGAUUGGGCCGGAUCUGGCCCCCAGACCUUUGUUUGGCGACCCAUGGUUUAGAAGUUUUAAAGUGAACAUUUUGAACUUCUCUAACUCUACUUUCUGAGUCUGAUGAGUCCGCAAUACUUGCAACUGGGUAGUUUAGGUGGCAGCUGGUUUCACUCCAGUACUCCCAGAGUCCCUGGUUCAAGCCAUAGUUGAGUUUCCUGACUCAGAAUGAUUCCUCCCCCCUUGACAUGGGCAUAGCGGGGGGUGGGCAGGGAGAAGCUGCCCCCCCUAAAUCAAGUAAUCUCAGAUAACUCAGAUAACCCCAACAUAAAGCUUGCCUCCAUUAAAUAAAUAUUGGCUAUGCCCGUGCCCCUUGAUGUGCUUGAUGGGUUGGGGGUAGAGAAUAAGAACACAAUGUAAGAAAGUAUUUGAAUAUGUUCUUAUUAGUUUCUAAGUUUAUGAGAAACAAAAUAAAAAAAAAUUCCUUCCAGUAGCACCUUAGAGACCAACUAAGUUUGUUAUUGGUAUGCGCUUUCGUGUACAUGCACACUUCUUCAGAUACCUGAAGUUUAUGAGGGCAUGUAAAGGAUGCUAUCUGGUAAAUGUACUGUUAUGUACUGAGUUGAAUAGGAUCCAGAAAGCAGCAGUCUGAUUGGUCCUAGAACAAUAGGAUUCAGAAUGCAGUAGUCUGACUGGUCCUAGAACAAUAGGGGCCAGAAUGCAGCAGUCUGAUUGGUCUGCAGGAGCCACCCAAUCCAGCUCCAGGUGGAAGUGAAUCCGCAACCUGAUUGGCCUACAGGAGAAUCCCAGAAUUAGCCAAUCACAUGCAACCCAUUGUGUAAAUAAUGUAUAUAAAGCAAUUAUUUUGGGGGAACUUUCAUUUCUCACUACUAUGAGCUGAAUAAAGAGCAUGAAAUCCACACUCGACUCCGAGUAUAUUUCAUGUACCAAUGAUCGAACUUAGAUCCAGUUGUUGGGGCCAGUGCUUUUUUCUGGGGGUACUCAAGAGUACACUGUAUCUGCACCUUUCCCCCCAGAUGUCAGAAGUCUGGCAUUUACUGUAACAACUUCAUGGUGAGUACUGGCAUCUUUUUUUUCUUAAAAAAGCAGUGGGGGGGGAGGGGCUAGUCUGGUCCCACAGAAAGGAACUGAAUCUUGGAGAAAGUACCUUCAAAUUUCCACUGCUUGCAGUACAUAUUCUCAUUGUUCGUGUUCUUUCAGUCUCUUACGCCAAAAGAGUUUGGUAAAUAUUUAUAAUGCUUCAGUCAGAAUUUACAAAAAGCCAAGUCUCAUACGUAUGACCAACAGCGUUGUAAGACACAUCCCUAUGUGUUGCAGUUGCUGUUGCGGCUGCCUGUUGAAUAGUGCCUGUGACUACAAGAAUCAUAUCUGAAAAAAAUUCUUUUAAAACUGUAGAACUUGAAAGGAUCUUUGCACAUCUCCGGGUGGACUGAAGUAGCCUUUCCCCCUUUGCAAAGUGGAAAAUGUGUAUGGUUUCACUUGAUUGGCUAGAACAGAAGCUGUUUGGUUUUCUGGUCUAGUCAAUUUACAUCUCAUCUGAAAUGACUGGGGCUGGAGCAGACUUCUGAACCUGUGACCUAUCAUCCAGGUAUGGCAACCCACAAGGGACACAAGGAAUCUCCUUCCUCAUAGACAUGACUCAUAGACAGUGUUAGACUUGGUGGCUCAUAAAUUACUCAGCCUAGACGAGGUGGAAUAGCUGCCUUAUUAAGAAUUAAGAGGAAAGCAGGAAGGUUUUUUUAAUUGGCUCAGUGAGUGGAUACUUUUAUUAUUAGGUUCUCUCCAAUGGGUUGUCACUGAUCAUCAGUGAUGAUAGCCAACAUAACCAACUGGUCAGAAAGUUUUUGUGUUACUUUUAGUCAAGGAUAAAAUCAACAGAUAUUUCUUCUUGAAAAGUGUUCAAACUUAAACAGCAUUAUUUUAUUACCGCUUGAUGCCCUUGGUGUAUUUCACUUUUCUUUACCAGAAAUAUUUGACAAGCUGGACAGAAUUCAGAGAUGAGCCACAGAAAUGACAAAAGGCCUGGAGAGACUGACUUGAUUGAGGCUCUGUUGUAAGACUCAAAGCUGUAGAGUUUUAGGUUGAUGGAGGGAAAGGGACACAGUAACUGGCUGCAUGAUUUCAAAGGAUUUGAAGAGAAAUAUGAGAGGGGGCCUUGUAGGGAAGGAUGCAAAGAGGAGUAGCUUCUUUGUGGGAACGCGAUAUUCUCAGGAAGCAUGAGGCUCAAGCAGGCAAGGAGUCAUCACCACUGGAAUGUCUAGGGACAUAAAUAUGCACCCCACACUGAAGAAUUCUGCACCUGUGGAAGUUCAAAUUCUGAAUAACAAAAGCUGAAUUCUGUGACUAGUAUAAAUUAUGCAAGACAAGCAGAUUUGCCAAGGUGUCUUGAAUUUAUAUAUAUCUACUUUUCAUUAAUUCUGAGGUUUUUUGGUCUUGGAAAUUUGAUUUAUGGGGAUUUCUAUGUAAACCAACCUAAUCUGUACUUCUCAGAUUAAAGUGCAGAUCAGAACAUAGCUAUCUUUUGGAUUGUUUAUGUCUCUGAAUCUUGUAAUACACUGCUCAAAAAGCGUGCCAGAAUGCAUUUAAAUGUGCACUUUAGGAUAAAAUAUGUUGAGUUAAAGAAAUAUGAGAAAUAUGUUAGAGCAAAAUACAUACUUUUUUGAAUGGAUUUUUAAAACAUCACAGAUGGUGGAAACAAUAUAGAAUGGACUUAAUGAAUGAACACAUGUAGAAUUGGCAUGAAGUGGAAAUAAACUGAUCUGCUCAUCCCGAGCCUUGGGAAGGGGUGAUGAGCUAUGCAGCUUGUAUCUGUAAAUGUUCAGCAGCACUUUUUCAGCCUGUUCUGAUAUAUUACUUACUGCAGACAGCUUAUUUAAAAUAAAAAUCAAAUUAUCCAGAUUUUCCAAAAUCCAAACAAGCAAGUUAAAGGAAAACAAUUCAGCUUCAAACUGUAUAUCCAAAAGGCACAUAUGUCCUCAAAUGUUACCAUAUUCUGAGUAAAAUAUGUGAUGCAUAUCAUCUUCCCUUCAGUGGUUUUUAUGACUGAAUACAGUUAACAAACAAGAACGUGCCCUCCUCCCUCAGUGGCAGCAAGGGAAUAUUGAUUUCCUAAUUUAGGGUUAAAGAAAAAACAGGGAUCGUCUUAUGCAUGGGGGCUUCAUGGAAAAAUACUGUAGUUCCGAAGAAUGUGAGUUGAGAUAUGGGAAUCCCAGGGCUUUUUCAGACUGUUGCUAUUUUCAGAUGGCAUUGUAUCACAUGCCACAUAAUCUUAAGUGGCACUUGGGACCUGAAGCAAGUGUUGUUGAUUUGAUUUGGAACAGUGAACAUAGUGUAAUCAAGUUCAAUAUGUGUGCAGAUCGACAGCUGGAAAAUAAAUAAAUAAAGUUGCAUUCGACUUCAAAAGAAGAAACUUCUGUAAAAUGAGGGUAUUGUUAAAAGGAAAGUUGAAAGGCAAAGUCAAGAGCAGGGGUAGGCAAACUAAGGCCCGGGGGCCGGAUCUGGCCCAAUCACCUUCUCAAUCCGGCCCACGGAUGGUCCGGGAAUCAGCAUGUUUUUACAUGACUAGAAUGUGUACUUUUAUUUAAAAUGCAUCUCUGGGUUAUUUGUGGGGUGUAGGAAUUUGUUCAUAUUUCCCCCCAAAAAAUAUAGUCCGGCCCCCCCAUAAGGUCUGAGGGACAGUGAACUGGCCCCCUGCUGAAAACGUUUGCUGAACCCUGGUCAAGAGGGUCAAAUCUCUCCAAAAUGCUUGGGAGUUGUUGAAAACCACAAUAUUAGAAGCUCAGCUAGAAUGUAGGCCACGAACAAGGAAGGUACCACCAAGGCCAAGAGGGUGCCUGUGUGCUUAAAAAGCAAUCAAGUAAGUGAUUUAAGCCAAGAAGGCUUCCUUUGGAGAAUGGAAGUCUUGUCCAAGUGAGAACAAAAAGAAACGAAAACUUUGGCAUAAGGAAUGCAAGUGGACAAUAAGAGAGGCUAAAUUUGAGGAACACGUUGCUAAAAACAUGAAGACUAGCAAUACAAAGACAAACUGACAUACCUCAGUAGCAAGAGAUUAGCAAGGGAGGUGGUUGUGCCUUUGGAUGAAAAGGGAGUCAAAGGAUCCUUAAGGAGAUCACAGAACGAGUUAUUUGCACCUGUCUUCACAGGGGAAGAUACAGGGCAAAUUCAUGUUUCUGGACAAGCUACCACGGGAAGGGAGCCUGAGGAAAUGAGCAUACAACUUCUCCUAAAGAAUAGUGGGAACUGUAGUUCUUUAAGGCUGCUGGGAAUUGUAGCUCUGUGAGGAAGAAACUACAGCUCCUAGGUUUCUUUGGGGGGAGUCAUGUGCUUUAGAUAUGUGCCGUUGCUUUGCCCCUCUGUUCUGUUGACUCGUCCUUUUGUUCCCAUUUGCUUAAAAGCAACACUUGCUUCUCCCUUUUCAAACAUAUUCUGGCUUUAUUCUCCCUUAGCUCACACUUCAUGCUUCCUGUUCUGUAGUCAAACAGUUAUAAAUAUAAUGGCAGAUUCAGUUCCCUCCCCCCAAGUAAAGUACUUUGCAAUCAGUUUUUAAGCAGCUGGCCAGUUGAUCACCACUCUCUAUUGCAAAGGUUAAAACAAAGACACCCCCCUCCAAAAAGUGCUACACUAUGCAAUGACAUAACCAGCUUUUUCCUGUUUUUUUAAUUCCCCUCCUAGAAAGUUCCUGAAUAUUCAGUGUCUCGAAAGUGGCUUCUGGGAAGAAGGUAGCUGUGUUCCAGUGCUGUGUAAGCCACCCCCACCCGUCUUUGAGGGAAUAUACAACUGCACAAAUGGCUUUGAGCUUGACAGCCAAUGUGUUCUCAGCUGCAGCCCACAGAAUAAGAAGGUAAGGAUCAUUCAGUAUAGUGGCUGAUUUACUAAAUAGCCCAGAGCAUCUAAGAUUUCCAUUGAAGGGCAGAAACAGCAAAUUUGACAGUUCAACAUUUUGGCUGCCUCCUUUUGCCUUGCUUGCUGCUAUCUCUUGAACAGGGGUCGGCAACCUAAGGCCCAUGGGUCACAAGCGGCCCACAGGGGUCAUUUAACCAGUCCAUGAGCCACCCCUGAACCAAGCCGCCCGCUCAACGCGUCCCCAUGCCCUGCACUAAAUCAGCGCAGCGCGGUGCUGGCACUCGCUUCUGCGGUGCCGGAAAUUGCGUCUGCGCAGACACAGACACCGGAAAUCGUGGGGGUGCGUGCUCUGGCCCACGGAAGGAUCUCUACUGGAGUGAACCGGCCCAGGCGAGGUAAACCUUGCUGACCCCUGCUCUUGAGUUUGGUUUUAUUUUGUUCUAGAUAGAGAAACAGAGAGAAGGGCAGUUCAGCCUGUGGAAACAGGAGCAGGGAGGAAAACCAGAAAAAAAAAGAUUCUGAAUCAAAUGUUGUUGAAGAGGCUUCGCACUGCUAUCGCUGCACAGCGAUCCCUCUUGCUGUUCCGGCUUCUGGGAUAGCUGCGCAGCCUGCAUUCACUCCAUAAGACGCACACACAUUUCCCCUUACUUUUUAGGAGGGAAAAAGUGAGUCUUAUAAAGCGAAAAAUACUGUAGUUCCUGCUUCCCCUGGAAUGGAUUUAUUGCACUGCAUGUCCAAAUUCAGAUCAGUGAACUGCUUAUUAAUUAACCUAGAAUACUUCUGUCCCUAGUUUUAUGCUCAUAAUCACUGAUAAGGAAUCUGGGUAAGAUCGAGGUGUCUCUCUCUCUCUCUCUCUCUCUCUGUGUGUGUGUGUGUGUGUGUGUUUGCUUACUUGAAAUAUUUGUAGGCAGCUUAGCGUAACUAAACAUCAUAGUGGUGAAAAACAUUACAAAAAAAAUAUAAAUGGAUAAAAAGCAGUUAUCUAUCUAUCUAUAUAAAUGCUUUAAAACUAAUAAAGCAUUUUAAAAAGAAAAAAUAAAAGUAUAUUAUGUUGGAGCUUGGCUAAGUCCAAUGGGCAGCGUUUGUUCCACAAGGAAGGUGCCACUGGAGCAAGUCUGAGAGGCUACAGAUAGGACUUACAAUGCAUUUGGCACCACAGAAAGGGGCUCCAUGGAUGGCUGCAGUGAAUGGGGAGAUAUAUAAGGGGGUCAGGUGAUCUUCCUCUGGUCCCAAGUUGUUUAGGGCUCUUACAUUAACAAUAAGACCUUAAGCCUUACAUUGGCAGCCUGUACAGUUUUCUCAGCGCUGGUGCUAGGUGCUGUCAGACGGCAACCAUGACCACUUCAUUCUGCACUAACCACAACUUCCAGACCAAAUGUGAGGCCGUCCUCAUACAGAGUUCAUUUCAGUAAUUUGGCUGUAGGGUUACCAUUGCAUGAGCCGCUGUAGGCAGGCUAUCCCUGCCUGGAAAUGGGUGUAUCUGGAACACUGAGCUACCUGUUCCUUUUUUUAUAUAUAAGAUAUUUAUUAGGAUUUUCAAAAUAUUACAAAAUAGAAAAAGAAAAAAGAAAAAUACAAAAAAUUCCUUCAGAGAAUGCAUGCUCCUGGAAUGGCUCUGCAAGAUGGGAAAUGGGGUACAGUGGUGCCUCGCAAGAUGAAAUUAAUUCGUUCCGUGAGUUUUUUCGUCUAGCGAAUUUUUCGUCUUGCGAAGCACGAAAUCCCAUAGGAAUGCAUUGAAAUUCAAUUAAUGCGUCCCCAUGGUCAAAAAAAGUCCAAACAAAGCCAAAUUUGGUACAACAAGAGUUUAUUAAGUGCUCUUUAAAGUCACACAUACUGUAAAGAGCAUUUCAAAAAUUGAAGGAACAAUAAAUUAAGUUUCUAAACAUGACAGAAAAACAUUUAAAAAUCAACAAAGUGUACAGUACUGUACAUUUUCUAAGACUCUGGGGGACAACUCGAAGAAGGUUCCUCUUCCACUCUUUGCUUCUUGCUGAAGAACCCCCUCCUCAUCUGUUCCCCCAGCCACCCACCACACAGAAAUUCAAAUCCAGAAUUUUUUUUAAAAAAACAGCAGAGUGGCCCAAUGGUCACAGAAAAUCAUAAAAAUGCAGGAAAAAACACACAAGCUUCCAGAUUCUUGCAAACCCCUCCUCAACUGUUCCCCCAGCCACCCACCACACAGAAAUUCAAAUCCAGAAUUUUUUUAAAAAACAGCAGAGUGGCCCAAUGGUCACAGAAAAUCAUAAAAAUGCAGAAAAAAAAACACACAAGCUUCCAGAUUCUUGCAAACCCCUCCUCAACACCAAGUCCUUGAAUUCCAAACACCCCAACCCAAAAUCCAAAACCCCCCAAAAAAAGUUUUAAAAGUUUAAAAGAAGUUUUGGAAAAGCUUCAAAAAUCACCAAAGUCUUCAAAAACCUCAGAAAAGGCUACCACACCACGUUCUAUGAGUUGCUCCUCGAAGUCAAGUCGCAACUGUGUUAACGGUGUUAAGAAAAAGGAAACAAACUUGCACGACGUUUUUGUUUUUCGUCUUGCGAAGCAAGCCCAUAGGUGUUAACUGGGCCGACCCAGUCAGAUGGGCAGCAUAUAAAUAAUAAAAUUGUUGUUGUUGUUUGUUGUUAACAACCCACAGACAAACCUAAGAAGGUCUGCUGGGUGGCUAUUCUAAAGUGUAGUGGAGACAAUGAAAUAGACCUACUUUUCUGCUUACACCACCACACAAUUAUAUCCUCUGACACAUGUUCAAUGAGCUUUGCAGUAAGACCUCCACCACUUGCACUCCAGCCGUCCUUCAGUUUCCUGCUUGGCAGGGGGUUGGACUCGAUGGCCCUUGUGGUCUCUUCCAACUCUAUGAUUCUAUGAUUCUAACAUCUGAUGCUCCUGGGAAUCCUCAGGAGCAAAAUGGACUGCAUAGUGUCAGAGAAGGCACUUGGGAACAAUAAUGUCAAUGGCCACCCUCCUCUCACCAUUCCCCUCAGAGGCCAGAGCCUUGGCUUGACUUCCAGCUCCAUCCACUAGAAAAUCCCCCCAAACAUUCAGAAAUCUCUUGGAUUUCAUGCAUCUAGAGGCAGCCUAAGCGAAUGGGGGGCCCAUCUUCGCAGAGGUAGACAUGAAAACUAACCAGAAAAUGGCCUGAUUAUGACAACAGGGUCAAAUACUCAAAACUUCAAACCACACCCCUCGUCAUCUGGGUCAAAGACCAGAUCAAAGGUAUGUCCUGCUCUUUGUGUCUGGCUGAUGACCCCUGGAGUCAGCAUCACGGUUGCCUUCGAGACCAUGAAGCCUCAAGUACUUUGUAGUUAGAAACUGGUUUAGUAGCAGUUAUAAAAACAGGUGGGACGCGGGUGGCACUGUGGGUUAAACCACAGAGCCUCUUGGGCUUGCCGAUCAGAAGGUCAGCAGUUCAAAUCCCCAUGACGGGGUGAGCUCCCGUUGUUCGGUCCCUGCUCCUGCCAACCUAGCAGUUCCAAAGCACGUCAAAGUGCAAGUAGAUAAAUAGGUACCACUCCGGCGGGAAAGUAAACGGCAUUUACAUGCACUGCUCUGGUUCGCCAGAAGCAGCUUAGUCAUGCUGGCCACAUGACCCGGAAGCUGUACACCGGCUUCCUCGGCCAGUAAAGCAAGAUGAGAACCGCAACCCUAGAGUCGGCCACAACUGGACGUAAUGGUCAGGGGUCCCUUUACCUUUAUAAAAGCAGGUGUGCCUUUAAAACUAGCACAGACUAGUUUUGACAUCAAAAGUCUCACACACCAUCCCUUUAAAGUGACAGCAGUAACAAUACUGGCAACCUCCAAAUUUGUGCCAGUUUAGUGAAAGGCAUACUUGGGGUGUUGAUUCAGCGAAGGUGUUUGCUUUUAGUGAAUCUGUCCACAAGAGCAGACUAGAAUUUCAUGAUGAGUUCUGCAUCCUGUGUACUUCAGGUCCCAAUCCUUUGCACUAAAGAUGGCUUGUGGACAGAGGAAUUUAAAUUGUGUGAAGAUCUGCAGGGGGAAUGUUCACCACCUGAAGAGCUGAACUCAGUGGAGUACAAGUGUGAGGAAGGCUAUGGAAUUGGUAAGAACUUCUUCCCUUAUCUUCUGCAACCUCCUUUUUUCAGGUUCUUGGAAGAAAGCUUCCCCCCUUCCCUCCAAAAAGCCAAGUCUCUCACUUUCUUCAAGAAUUAGGAAAGAGUUCAUGAGUCAGCAGUGAUUUAAUUGAUGGUACAUUUAAGAUUAAUUGCUGUUAUAAUAGUCUAUGGAUUAAUUCAGCAAUGUUAUUUUAAUUCUAAUUGAUUUAUCUGAUUAUUGGAGGAUUGGAGAAAUCCAAAAUUAUCUGGAGAUGGGGGGAGGUAAGUGCCUUUUCAAUGAGGAGGACAUCAUCUGGAUGCUGCAAAAAUAAAUACAUAAAUCAAAUACUGAUGGAAGCAGCUUCACAUUAAACUCCAUUGUGGAUGAGCCCAGAGAGAAGCAGGGCAUGGAAGCCAGCAAAUUUUAUUGGAUUUGGGUUUUCAUCUGAGCUGGAGAAGAAUUUUGGACCUCACAGCCUUCAUUCAAAGGCUAUUGAACAGCCUAGAAGUUUGGGCUGUGUAUCUUAAAUGCAGAACAGUUCAAACUUUAGAACAAUUCAUAUCUUUGCACAUGACUUCCUGUGGCUUUUGGAUCACAGGUAUCAUGAAUGCAAGGUUGGUGUUGUAGCCUCUUAGAGUCUCAAGUGGGAGCAACAUGAAGAGCUUAGGUAGAGCUUCACAGUGCCCAAGAGAUCUCAGUGGCUUCAGGUGCAAAAGGUAAUUACCUGCUCUUUUACCCUCCAGGUGCUGUGUGCACACCUUCCUGUCUAAUUCUCCCAAAAGAUCCUGUAACACUGCCUGAAAAUGUCACUGCAGAUACCAUGGACCACAGACUGAAGCCUGCUAGAGUCCAGGUAAAGUGGCCCAGGUGAUGUGGAAGGCAGUAUAUAAAUUAUCAAAAGUAAAGUAAAGUAAACCUGUGCUAGAAGUAUUAACCACCAGCCAUUCCCACCUUAUGUGUUCUGGCUUGUUGCUAUGCAAGAAGCUUCCCUGGUGAUCUGGGUAGUUGCUAUGCAGAACCAAAAUGGGAGAGAUUUUUGUUAAAAAGCUCUGCCAGGCUCUAAUUCUCUAACCCCCCCCUCCCACCUUGGAUGAUUUUUGAAAAUUCAGGUCAUACAUUGAGUGAUCCUUGGCUGGCUACACUUAGGGUCAUCCAUAUGUUUGGUCAGGAAGCCAUUCACUUUACUUGAAUUAGCUUCAUUUGCUCAUAGUAAUGUCAGCACGUACCUAAACAUCACCGACUCCAUACCAUUUUGAUGUCAUCACUUCUAGUACAUGGUCCCUGAAUAGGCAACAUCAGUCAAAAAGUUACAAGAGCACAGAGAAAUGACCACUAAAGUAGCAACAAAGAGUGUCAGCACUGGGGUAUUAUUGGCUGCAAACAAUCACAAAAAAAUAAGGGAUUAAUGACUUCUCAUUCUGUCCUCCCAGAACCACUGUUUUGAAGGAGGGGAUUGAAUGAAUGUGAAGAGUAUUCCACAGUGGUUUCACUUGAAUGAAGCUUAACAGGUGGUACAGAUGCUGGAACUCUCUGACAUCCUCCAAAGUUCACGUGUUUCUGGGAAGAGGAUGUACAGAAAAGAUGGACAUGAGUACUCUAGCAGGAAGGGGUAAAUUAAACGUGGCAAGAGCAUUAGUCUGAAAACAACUGCAGAUUCCCUCUUUUCUCUUCAGCUGUGGUUCCAUUCCAAGCUGUCUUGAUCCAACCUGGUUUUGGUCUGAAUAUUUGGCUAGGAUUUCCAACUUCUUGCUAAUGGCUGACUUAGGAAAUAUUGCCCUGUUUCCCCUCCAUGGAAUGGCUAAAAUGCCUCAGAUAUUAUAACUUCUUUGUUUUCCCUUAAUUGGGUCUAUCAAGAAUGAUAUUUCUGAAAAUAAAACUGAAGCAUACUGAAAGCACAGUGGAAGGGAAAAUAAAAGCAGAGAGUACUAUCAAGAGCCAGAGUUUCAAACCAAGAUUACCCUGUUCCUCCGAAGAAUUUUCAGGAAGUGUGGGAACGCUCAGGGUUUCAUUCAUUUGGACACUGCUGUGUGUUAGGUUGAAUCAGCCAUAUGGGAUAUGUUGCAGCAGGAGAGGGGGUUGUUUUGUGGCCCUGCUCUGCAGGGUCUGUCAAUCUGAACUGGAAAGAAGGCCUUGAGUUGGAAUUCUCCAACACCAGUUGCUAAGACACAUAUCCUUUGUUUAUUUUCUCAAUUCAUUGAACGCUUUGUACAUUUCUGAUUCACUUCUCUUCCUCCUGGACUUGACUGUCUGCAAAGCUUUGUCCCAAGUGCAAGAUUGCAUAUGAAAUCUGUAGCACUUCACAGGUGGAAUCUUUGAAUGCAAACAUUACAGAUCAUUGGUCAUUCUGGUAGUGCUUAAUCUUUAAUACUUAAAGCAGGAAUGAAGAACCUGCAGCCCUCCAGACUAUAUCUCCCAUUUUCCUGACCACCAGCCAAGGAGCUGCAAAUUCAACAAUAUCUGAAAGGCCAACAGUUCCUAAUUUGUGACAUUCAGUGAUACUGUAGAGAGGCACACCUUACUUCCUGCACCACAUGAAACUUUCUGCUUUUUCCUUUCUUCAGAGUAUCGUGUGCACUGGAAGACUGGAGUGGCAUCCAGAUCCGAAAGCCAUUCAUUGUAUUUCUUCAUGCGAGGUAAGGGGUGUGUGUUUAUGCAGAAUGGAUAAAUGGUGCCAGAUUCUAGUGUCUUUGCUUCUUCUCUUGUGACACACCGGGCUGACAAAAUUGAAGAUCACAUUUUCUGAAAUGCAGAGGUUUGAAUGUUUAUGUUUUUGCAAAGUAGAGACCACCACCAAAAAUUCAUCUAGUCAUACCCCCUGCAAUGCAUGCUUUAGUUGAAAGCAUCCUUGACAGAAGAAGAGGAGGAGGAGUUUGGAUUUGAUAUCCCGCUUUAUCACUACCCGAAGGAGUCUCAAAGCAGCUAACAAUCUCCUUUCCCUUCCUCCCCCACAACAAACCCUCUGUGAGGUGAGUGAGGCUGAGAGACUUCAGAGAAGUGUGACUGGCCCAAGGUCACCCAGCAGCUGCAUGUGGAGGAGUGGGGACACGAACCCGGUUCACCAGAUUACGAGUCCACCACUCUUAAUCACUACACCACACUGUCUCAGCUAAAGCAUCCAUGACAGAUGGCCGUCCAAUCUCUGCUUAAAAACCUCCAAGGAAGGAGCAUCCAUCAUCUCCUGGGAGAGUCCAUUCCACUGUCAAACAACUCUUACUGUCAGGAAGGUCUUUCUGAUGUUGAGUCGGAAUCUCCCUUCUUGUAACCUGAAUCCAUUGGAUUGAGUCCUACCUUCCAGAGCUGUGGAAAACAAGCUUCCUCGUUCUUCCAUGUGACAGCCCAUUAGAUAUUUGAAGAAGGCUAUCAUAUCUCUGACAGGAGGAGCUGUUUGACAGUGGAACGGUUUCCCUUGGAAGGUGGUGGGCUCUCCUUCCUUGGAGGUUUUUAAGCAGAGGUUGGAUGGCCAUCUGUCCUGGAUGCUUUAGCUGAGAUUCCUGCAUUGCAGGGGGUUAGACUAGAUGACCCUUAGGGUCCCUCCCAACUCUAAAAUUCUCUGAUCUCCUAGUCUCCUCUUUCCCAGGCUAAACAUACCCAGCUCCCCCAACCAUUCCUCAUAAGGCUUGGUUUUCAGACCCUUGGUCAUCUUGCAGCCUUCUUCUGCACAUGUCCUAGCUUGUCAAUAUCCUUCUUAAAUUGUAGUGCCCAGAAAUGGACACAGGUGUGGUCUGACCAAGGCUGUGAAUUGUUACCCAGCUACCAUUUUGAGAAUUCUUUGGAGGGAGGGGUGGCCAUGACAGUUUGAGUUGUGUUCCACAGAAGACCCUGGGCUGUAAAGGGGGUGGGGAAACAUAUACCUCAGGCUAUUUAGUUAUGUCAUCUAGAUUUCUUUCUCUCUCUCUCCUGUGUCUGGUGCUUGAACAGCUUAACUUCCCAGCUUCCCUCUUGUCCUUGGCCUAUCAAUCUUCUGUCCGUUUCAGUCCCUUUUUGCCAGGAGUUGGGGGUAGUGAGGGAUGAGGCAUUUGGAAACCCAGAAAGAAGGGUGAAAAAAGUGGGGAAAGGGAAAGGCAUUUGGAAAGCUCAUCAGGGAUGUCAGCUGGUGGUGGAAUGGACUGUGAAUUACUGAAGCUACCCACAAAGUUCAUCCUAGUACCAUCAUGAGAAAAACAGAUGACAAAAAUGCUAAAAUGGCUGGAUGAGGGACGGAUAGCCAGAGCACAGAGUGACUUGGAAGCAAUCUGCUGGGGAAGGAUGAGGUGAAACCAGUGAUCAAUUUUAGAGCUGUUGACAGUUCCUGAUAUAGUCUAGUAGCUUGAGUCCCUGGAUUUUGCCUGGAUAGCUAUUGAUUGGCUGAAUGGAGAGAUUUGUGGCCUGCUCUUGGGCCUGGCAACUAGACAAAGGGUAGUCAACUGGCAUGAGCAAAAGCCAGCUUAAAAAUGCAUUUUAUUUGCCCCUCCCCAGGGUCCCUCCAAGCACGAGAGUAUUCUUUAUUGUUAUUUACAUUGCUAUCUCACCCAUCCUCCAAGUCACUCAGGAUGGCAUUCAUGUCCAUGUCUUCUCAGUCUGCUAUUGCACACUUGGAUCCACUAUCCACUGCAUCACUUAAGUACAAACAUUGCAGUGUUUUACUUGUACAGAAAGGAACACAAGUAAACAACACAAGCAACGCUGACACCAAACUCUACAUACAUUAAACAUAAUAGAAACACCGCCACCUGACCCCACCCCCAUCCAUCUUCCCUCUCUCCACCCCCCCUUUCUUUUUUCUUUCUUUUUUCUUCUCCCCCUAAUGCCUCAACAAAUGAAACGGAUUUGUAAAAAUGUUACAUGAAAAAAAAAUAUGAGGCACUACACUUCUGUAAAACAAGAAAAUCCUUAAUAAAAUAUUUUUUUUAAAAAAAAAAGAAAGGAAAUUGCAGAGCUAUUCAAGUUGCUGUCUCUGUUUGGGCUUUUGUAUUCAUGGAGCUGUACACUCUGUAUAAUGAUGAAGCCUUCAGUCCCUGGUGAUACCAGUCUUCUUAUAGAGCUUGCCUUUGAAGGGCUGUAUUAUGCAAGAAUAAAGCCCUCUAAGAAUACAAGAGUUGUCCACCCCAAUGUUAAUGGUAAACAGGUGCCGCUUCAAUUUGAAUUUCUGCUGCUGCUGAAGGUGUCACAGAUGCAUUAAAAGAUUUUUAACACAAAAAAGGGUGUGCCAAGGUCCUAAUGAGGAUGAUUAAUUUAGGGGAGAGCAGUGGUAUCACAGUUAGUCCUAAGGUAUUCACAUUCCAUAUCUCCACAUACAAAGCCUCGGCCUUGAAAUCUCUAUUUUGAAAAAUUGCUUUUGCAUUUGAGAGCUUUUGUUUCACUUCUACACACUGCAGGCCUUUAAUGCAACUGGACCCAACUGCUGUUUUCCUGGCAGAAUGCGAGGCAGCCUACCGUGGAUUAAUCGUCCCCUUCCACUUUGCCCAGGAAACUUUAUCAUCACUUCUUCCGCUCCUCUAUACACUUCCAGUUCUGUUCAUGCCUCCUUUUUGAUCCUCUGCAUUUUCCUGUCAACUGCUGUGCUUCUUUCCUCCCCAAGCUUUCGAAUGUAUCUUUCCCCAGUCUUUUCUUCUUUCUCUACUGCAAAACAAACAAAGUUUCCUGCCCCUGCCCUGCCACUUACCUUGAAGAGAUCACACACUGCGUCAUUGUCAUCCCCUGCUCUGUUUUCUUUCGUGGCCAAAAUGUAGGUUAGAUUCUUGGGGAGGACACUGGUCUUGUCAGAUAUGAAGGCUUGUUUCCAAAGAAACUCAAAACGUGCAACUUGUAUAGGGCUGCAUUUGAUGUUAUAGCAUGUGGAUUCAGAAUUAGUAGCAGCCCCAGCUGCAAUUCACAGAUGUCCCUGGAAAAAGGGAUAGACUGAUGAAGCACUCUGGGAAUUGUAGCUUUGUGAGGGGAAUAGGGGUUUCGUCGCAAUGCUCAGCACCCUUAGCAAAAUGCAGCUCCCAUGGCUGUUUAAAGUGGUAUUCAUGAUGCUGCAAAUACGUGAUGUGAAUGUGCUCUUGGUUGGGUUGUGGGAAUUCCAUUCGCCCUUCAGCCGUCACGCUUGAAUCAGCCCUUGGAAGGCUUUCACUAGUGCCCAAAGGCACGGGUCUGUGCUUUCAGAAUGUAAGCUUCCUUUACUGGCAACUUCAGUGCGUUCUGUUUAUGAAGAGCACAUGUAAAGUGAGUUGCUCUGGCGUUGUCAUUCAAAAGCAAGGAUGAGAUUCUCAAUAAAAUGACCAGAGCUGGGAAUGGGGGAGAAUGAUGCCACACAGAAGACUCCCUUCCUCAUGCCUGGAAGCUUAACAGGAGAGCAAUUGCCAGGCCACAUCAGGAUCCUGUGGUUGAUCUUUCCCCAUGCUCUGGUCUCCAGCGGUGGUUGGUACCAGUUGUUUCAGAGCAUGGUGGUGUCUCCUUUUAAUCCCACUGCGGUUGACGCUGUCUUUGGCUCUGGGUUUAUGACAGAAUUUGACAGCUGGUGGUCUUCCAACUGGCUCUUCCUUUCUGUGGCAGCAGCCUCUCUUUGCAGUCAAGAGGCCUGAGGGCUGCUCCAUGUGUGGUGACAUUUCUACACUCGAGUAGUGAUAUCUAUGUGGGAAAGCAGCAGGUGGAGAAGAAACUGGCAUACAGCAACUAAGUGAAGGAUGAGGAUAGCAAUAGACAGUGAAGGUCUCGAGGCAGAAAAGAUUAAUGAAGGAAUAAAGUUAGUGAUUAACAAAUACAUUUCAAAUGCCUUGCCAUAUUUGUUACACAAAUGUCAUCCUCAAAAUACAAAGUUGUCUAGGAUGCAGCAGCAGCAGCAGCACCAUCUUCCUUUAACAAUUAAGUUCAGGCAGAUUAUUCUGAAAGAUGCACACCCAGAAGUGAUAAUACUCUGCUUGCAUCAACUGUCACAGCUCAAGAGGAGGCCGGUUUUCAUUAAGUUUUCAUGAAACGAGUUGGCAUAGCUCAGUUCUGUCACUUGAGUAACUGACAAUUGUGUGGAUCCCUUGGAACAAUCCGUAUACUCUCUAUGGUUAUAGUUCAUUAUUAGGCAGAUGAUACAGAUCAUUGUGGAUUUUCUUUAAGAGGGGGAUAAAAGUAAAGGGACCCCUGACCGUUAGGCCAAGUCGUGGAUGGCUCUGGGGUUGUGGUGCUCAUCUCGCUCUAUAGGCCAAGGGAGCCUGUGUACAGCUUCCGGGUCAUAUGGCCAGCAUGACUAAGCCACUUCUGGUGAACCAGAGCAGUGCACAGAAAUGCCGUUUACCUUCCCGCUGGAGCGGUACCUAUUUAUCUACUUGCUCUGGUGUGCUUUUGAACUGCUAGGUUGGCAGGAGCUGGGACAGAGCAACGGGAGCUUACUCUGUCAUGGGGAUUCGAACCGCCGACCUUUUGAUUGGCAAGCCCAAGAGGCUCUGUGGUUUAGACCACAGCACCACCCGCAUCCCUUAAGAGGGGGAUACAUAAGCACAACUGAAUGGGUGACAUAAAUGUUUACAACUGCCGGAAUAGAUCAAGGCUGUAUACACACCAUACGUUUAAAACACAUUUAGACCCCAUGAUUUCCCACAAUGAAUCCUGGGAACUGUAAUUUGCUAAGGAUGCUGGGAAUUGUAGCUUUGUGAGCAUUAAUUUAUGCUUCCCAGGAUUCUUGGGGACAUAUGGUGGACUGGUGAUAAAAAGACAAGUAAAAGAAAGGACUUAAUUCCCACAGCACAUAGUUAAACCCUGGAACUCGCUUCCAGAAAGGAUUAAUGGAGAAGGAUUGGACAAAUUAAUGGAGGUGAGGGCUAUUGAUGAAUCCUAGCCAUAAUGACUGCGCUGUGUUUCCAUCGCCAGAGGCAGCAAUGCUUCUGAAUACCAGUUGCUGGAAACCAGAGGAGGGGAGAGAGCUCUUGUUCUCGGGUCCUGUCUGUGGGCAUCUAGUUGGUCACUGUGAAAACAGGAUGCUGAACUUGAUGGGCCCUCAGCCUGACCUUGCUCAGUAUUACCUACGCUGGCAGAGGCUCUUGAGGGUUUCAGGCAGGGGACAGGCCCAGCCCUACCAGGAGAUGCCGGGAAUUGAACCUGAGACUAGUUCAGGCUUCCUCAACCUCGGCCCUCUGGGUUUUCUUACGGCCUACAACUCCCAUGAUCCCUAGCUAGCAGGACUAGUGGUCAGGGAUGCUGGGAAUUGUAGUCUCAAAACAUCUGGAGGGGCCGAGGUUGAGGAAGCCUGGACUAGUUGAGAUUCCUGCAUUGCAGGGGGUUGGACUCCAUGGCCUUUGGGGUAUCUUCCAGCUCUACAAUUCUACGGUUCUGAGACCUUUUGCAUGCAAAGCUUGUGCCACUGGACCAUAGACCUUCCCCUUUCACUGGCCAUCUCCAUUUCUUGCCCAAAUGCUCCAAAUUCUUACCAAACUCUAUGGGAAACCUGAAGCAACCCUGAGUGCAGCAUAGACAGUUGAAGCCAGCUACUCACAGGGAAGAGGCUUUUGGAUUAUAAUUGUGGGCAGGCUAGCAAGGGGCUGGCAAUGGGAAGAUAGAGGUUUCAGACAGUAUGUGGGUUUGGCAUCGGGCUUUUGGAGAGCUUUAAAGCCAAGCAUCUGUCAUAAGAGUCUUCUGGAUCAAGCCAAGGGCCCAUCUAGUCCAGCAUCCUGUUCUGUCAGUGGCCAACUAGAUGCCUGUGGGAAAACAGCAAGCGGGACACAAGCACAAUAGCAUCUCUUUUGGGACUCUCCUUCCUUGGAGGUGAAUAUCAGAAGCUGGAUGGCCAUCUGUCAUGGAUGCUUUAGUUGAGAUUCCUGCAUUGCAGGGGGUUGGACUAAAUGACUCUUGGGGUCCAACUCUACAGUUCUAUGACUCUAUGAUUCUGUGAGUGGUAGAAUAACGCUUCUGCUAAAAGGAAAUAAAGAGCUACAGAGGGCAGGAGGUGCCAUCACCAGGGCUUGAUUUAGGUUUGAUGAGGCCCUCAGCUACUGAAGGUAAUGGAGCCCUUUAUACAUCCAGCUGUCCUUUGUCAACAACAAAUUGUCGCUGUUUUUGUGUUGAAUAUAUGCUAGAGGGUAAUUUAUGGACCUAAUAGGUAUCUAAAGCCAUUUUCACAUAACAAAGUAUGUAUUUUAUCAAAGCAAUUGUUGAACUGAAAUACAAUUAAGAAGAAGAUAUUAAUAGUGAAUUUUUUGGGGGCCCCAAGAGAGUGGGUCCCUAAGCUAUAGCUUGUUUAGCUUAUAUGUAAAUCCGGCACUGGUCAUCACACUGACAGUGGCAAACAUGGCCCUGGGGGGAAUUGGGUUGAUGCCUUUCUGCUGCAGCGCAGAUCUUCAGUGCAGAAGCAGUGGGAGGGAAUUCCUUCAUCUUCUCUCAGCCGGCCACUUUCCACAAUUCAACCACCCCCACCCCUGCACUUCUUAGACACCACCAAGCAUGAAACUGCUUUGGGGAGAGGGGUUGCAGAGGACGAGUUACAAACCUGCCACUUGGUCCUCUUCUCCUGCAAAUCAUCCACCAGUGGAGAUCAGCAACAAGCUCACAGAGUCACAGUACUAACUGCUGUCUGAGGGAUCGUCUGGGCUUGCACUUGCCCUGCUGCUUCCCCCCAGGAAAACCAGAUCUCUACUGCUGAAUCGGAGCAAACGUCAACUGGGUUUUAUGCAGAUUGAUGUUUGCUCUGGUUUUGGCACGAAAGACCAGGAUUCCCGGGGGAAGCAUCAGGGCGAACAGAAAACCUAUCCAGUAAGUGGAAGAGUGGAGGAGCCCAAAGUCAUUCAGUGUGUUUGCUUAGCUUGAGGGCCCCUCCUCUUUCUUACUCUUUGCUGCAGUGCUUCUUCUGACUCCCCCUGUAUUUACAUUAGCUGCGUUGCAUUUGUGCAGCCUUUUGUGUCUUCUCCUGACAAAUAUCAAGUAGGCAGAAGAAACAGGUAGACAUUUUUUAAAGCUUUGUUCUGAAUGGGAGCCAAGGAGUGGUUGCCUCCUGCUGAAAUAAGCCCCUCAGCUGAAGGGAGCAGUCAGAAGCGCCGUAGGCCCUCCACCAUCUACCAUCCAGCAUGGUUUUUCCUCCCUUUUUAAGUCCUGCAAUAUAAACUUGGCAGAAACCAGAUGCGGAAUGGGCCAGGAGGCCCCUGUGGCUUUGAGGCUUGUUUUCCAUAACCCAUUCUAUCCUGUCGCAUAUUUAAGCAAGUGUUGGCUUGGGCAGAGGUUUAAAAAGGCCGACUGCUGUGGGUAGCAACCCAGGCUGGUGUUGUCAAGAUGAAACCAUUACCCCAAAGGUGAAAAACACCAGAGACAACAACCAAUGUAAGGGAUUACUCAAGCGAGGUACGAAAAUGGAGCAAUCAAUGUUCCUAACGUCCCAACUACACAAGGUUGGUUGGUUAGCUGGUUUUAAACAAACAACGGCAUUGCAAAGUUACAAAAUACCCAAAUGAAAUUCCCUGGUUAAUCUGAUACGCUGCCAUAUAAUGGCUAUAUCUGGAAGUCCACAACAUUCCUGGUCAUUGGACCUGUUUCCAGAAAUCCUUCAUCAGAGGCCAAAUUACAGCUUUGUUUUGUUAUCCAGAUAGAAAGCUUUGGUGUUUCCUUACACGGACGAACACACACAUGUAAAAAAACAAAACCACUUGACUGGAGGCAGAUGGAGUUUAUUUUAGGGAGUCAGCAGUACCAGCCAUUGCAUUCACAAUAGCCUUGGCAAAAGGAAACUGGCCAAAACUUCCCCAUUCUGGUUUCCUCUCUUGUUUGCACUCUGAUUCAUUUAAUAUUACAAAGACCAAGACGGAUUCAUUCUUUCUUUCUUCCUUCCUUCCUUCCUUCCUUCCUUCCUUCCUUCCUUCUAUUUGCUGUGUCCCAGGCACUCAUUUGAGGGCAGGAGGAUGGGAACCCAUAUGGCACCAUGCUUGAACUCUGCAUUCAAUGCACCCAACCCACCUCCCCGGUUAAUGCAGAUUUUUCCUUGCCAGGAAAAAAAAAUCCAUUUAGUCCUGUAAAAAUGUGAAAACUCUAAAGGUGUAGCUGUGUCAAAGCAGAACCAUUUAUGUUUCGUUUGUUUGUUUGUGAUGCAACAUGUGGUAUUUUUUUGGUGGGGAGUGGGGAUGAGCUGUUUCCAGGCCUCCUCAGUUUCAGUUUGACUCAUCUGGGGAUGCCUGAGCCAUUAGCAGUUUAGUCCUGCUGGCCACACGACUUGGAAAAGCUGUCUGCGGACAAAUGCCGCUCCCUCGGCCUGAAAGCGGAGAUGAGCGCAGCACCCCAAAGUCGACUUCGACUGGACUUAACUGUCCAAGGAUCCUUUACUGCCUGAGUCGUUUCAUUUCCAGGAAAUAUGGGGAGGGUGUUGCUUUUGUUUUCAUGAAAAGAGGGGUGCCUAUCUUACUAUGCAUAGGGUUUGUUUAUUUUUAAUCUUAGUACUAGUGUGGGGCUUGCUCACCAUCAGAAAGCCUGGGUAGUUUGAGUCUCAAAGAAAGCUUCCCAUUAUCAAGCUGUGGGAAGGAGGGGGGGCCUUUGUAUGGCUUGACAAGAGAUUUCCCGUUCACUCCUCCCUGUGAGUCUACACACGAAGAGCAUGGAACAAAUAUGCUCUGAGAGCCACACUGAGAGCCAGUGUGGUGUAGUGGUUAAGAGCGGUAGUCUCGUAAUCUGGGGAACCGGGUUUGCGUCUCCGCUCCUCCACCUGCAGCUGCUGGGUGACCUUGGGCCAGUCACACUUCUCUGAAGUCUCUCAGCCCCACUCACCUCACAGAGUGUUUGUUGUGGGGGAGGAAGGGAAAGGAGAAUGUUAGCCGCUUUGAGACUCCUUAAAGGGAGUGAAAGGUGGGAUAUCAAAUCCAAACAACUCCUCUUCUUCUUCUUCUUCUUCUUCUUCUUCUUCUUCUUCUUCUUCCGUUGGUGUUGAACACCAUUGCAGCUUAGUGAGUGAUUUAUGCUGGAGGUGCAAGGCGUCUGACGCUGGGAUUCUACGCAUGUCUCAGAAUAAAAAUUAAAAUUGGAUUGAUAUAGUGGGGGAAAAAUGUUGAAAUAAUAGCAGGAUAUAUAGUGCCAAUGGAUCUUUUAACGUUUUGUUUGGGCUAAUAAAGGAUCAAAUAUUAUUAGAAGACAGGUCAUUAGUUCAGCAGUUCCUGACAGCUAGCUACUAGGGAACUGUUUAUUUUAAUGGGGGGGGGGGAAUCAGAAGCACUGGCGAAGGAAGAGAAGUGGGGGGGGGGAGCACACCGCCCCCGGCAGCAGGAUCCCAGUGUGGUGCCAUCGCGGCUGCCCCCCCACCCGUGCUGGGUGUCACACCCCCGCAGGCAGCAUGCCAUGCCCCCAGGACAUGUGCCAACCCUGUGCCCCCGCCUGCUCUCCACCACCCUGUGCCGUACCGGAGCAUGAAGCUCUGCCACUGAUCAGAACACCUUGGAAGAAAGGAUAGGUGGGAUGUUGUAAAGAUGUAAAAUGGACAAAUAUUGUGAGAAUUAGUGGGGGGAAACAACCUGGUGAUCUUUUUGGUUGAAAAAUGGUGCAACAAGGUACAAGAGUUAUAAACUAAUUCUAAUGGUUUUUUUUAAGUAUAGCUUUAACUUUGUUUUCCUUUUCCUUUAUAUUCUGUAUGAUGUUCUGGUAUAUUCGUUAAUGAGCUAAUAAAAAUUUUGCAUGCGCACACACAAACAAACAAACAAUCCAAGUGCAGAUGCAGCAAGUGUGAUGCACAACAAAUGCACAACAAGUGUCCCAUCAGAUACUUCCUGUGGCUGGACAACUGCAAAAACCACACCCUGCUUGUUACUUUGUGCGCAUGCUCAGUGAGGUAUGACAGGUAGCGUGUGGUGAGGAGCAUGAACACAAUAGGUACUUAGCAUGCACUGCUCACUGGUAUGGAUGGGAUACUAAGGAUGUGAACAUUCGCAAAGGUGUGGGCUGGGCUGUGUUAUUGCAUAUUCUGAUAAAAGCAGAAUGAGAAGGAAAAGAAAUCUGCAGAAGUAAUCCAUGAGAAAGCACCCCUUCCUUCCUUCCUUCCUUCCUUCCUUCCUUCCUUCCUUCCUUCCUUCCUUCCUUGAUGACAUUUGUGUUUGAAUGUUGGUGAUUCAGUUUCAAAUUCCUGAGCUACUGGAACUCACUCGUCCCACAGAGGUCUUGUAAAGGUAUAAAUGAUGGCUGGUCCCCACUGUGGCUACCUAAUAAUUUCCAAAGAGAACUGAGGUAGAAUAGCAGCCUAUUGCCUAAGACUCAAAACAUCGCUGGUUUUUAUUUAUUUAUUUUAUUAUUAAUCACAUUUAUAUACCACCUUUAUCUCACAGGGAUCUCAAGGUGGCAGACAUGGUUCUCCCCCUCCCCAUGUCAUCAUCACAACAAGCUUGUGAGGAAGGUUAGACUCAGUCUCUAAGAGAUGGUGACUGGCCCAAGGUCACCCAGGGAGCCUCAUGGCUGAGUGGAGAUUCGAACCCUGUUCUCCCAGGUCCUGGUCCAACACUCUGACCAUUAUACCAGGCUGGCUCUAGUCAGAAUCAUAUCUCUACCAUGAAGGUGGAGGCCCUUCCCUCUACUUUUCCACUUGCAAUAAAACUACCUUACUUUAGGACUGCAUCGACCGGAAAGCACAUUUUAAUUACAAAUGCUUCCACUUGGUUCUCUGUUCUCUGUUAGUGAGAAUCACAAAGCCAUACAAAUACUUCAAGAGAGGUUCAUGGGUGAUUUAAGUCUAAUUGUGUGAAAACCCUAUUAGGAAAGGACUGGCGCUUUUUCGAAAAGCUUUGCCAGUGCUGCUCUCUGCUGGCUCUAGGUUGUUCAGCCUGGUUCAGUGUUGCAGCUUCAUCUAUGCUACCUUCAAAAUAAAUAACCAGGAAAGUGUUUUAAAUCGGUGUUUUAAUAACUCUUUUCACUGCAGAUUAAUUCGGGGAGGGGGAGUGUUUAAAAAAUUGCUCUAAGCUUCUUCAAAGUAAAAAUGGCAUAAAAGAUUACGGAUAGUUUUGUGAGUUUGCCUGGCUUAUGGCAGAGGCUGUUUCCUUGCAUGAAAGUGCGUCUACUUUUGACAUUUUUGAGCAAAAGGCAGGUUGAGGAGGAGGAAAGCUUUCUCUUAAAAGCAGCACAGGGCUGAAAUCUUGUGUCUUAGUGUCACAGAUGAAGUUAAAUUAUCGGCAACUCGGCUGGCAAUUUGUUCACCAAAUGAGAGCUGCAUCAAAAAAUAUGAGCCGAUUGGCUGCUGUUGACUUAAUGCAGUUGCUGAAAGUGUCAUCCCUGGAUUAGAGGCCAGCUAGGAAGGUCCUGGAUCCAGAGUAGUAGUUGUCCUACAGUCUGUAGGGAGAGAGCCUGUGCCUUCCAAUUAAAAAAUAGUGCAAGUGAAUAGAAAUAUGGAUGGUACUGAGCAGAACUCAGGGUUAUCCCAAUGAACUGGAUUGGCACUAAGUUCAAGAAAAGCAAGAUACUUUUUUCACAUUGCACAUUAUUAACUAUUGCAUGGAAGGAAAACCGCUUGGUUAGAUAGCUGUUGACAGGCAGAUCUUCGAUGAAAUGGUUUAAUUGUUGUUGUUUUUUAAAAAACGUUAUCAGCCAUGAUAGUGAAGUGGAACUUCCAUGUCCAGAUGCAAAAUACCUCUGAAUAUCUUAGGAAGGCAUAUGGGGCAUAUGGAGAGAGAGCUGUUGCCUUCAUGCCACACUGGUGAGUCUCCCAGAGUCAUUAAGUGGGCCUGUGGUCUGGACCCAGUACAGGGAUACUGUCAGGGUUUAGCCACGCUUCCUCUUCUCUCGCUGCUUUAGUGCUCAAUCAGAGCAAAGGGCAGUUCAGGUUUCCCGCAGAUUGCUGUCUGUUCCAAUUUAGAGCUAAAGAGCAGGUUUUCCCUGGGAAAGGAAUGGGGCAAGCGGAAAACCACUUGGACCCAUGCUUCCUAGACACGGGGCAAGCUCAAGUGUGGACAAGCCCUUACAUUCUCAUAUUGGCAUUUGAAUUUUGACAAAUUGCUUCUUAGGGAAACUUGACCCGGUGGGUACUGCCUGCCCAAGGCAUUCUGGUUUCCAAAGGCGUGAAGUCCACCACCAUCUUACAUACCGUAUUUUUCGCCCUAUAGGGCGCACUGGCCCAUAGGACGCACCUCGUUUUUUGGGGGGGGGGGAAAUGGAUUAAAAAAAUAUAUUCCCAGCCCACAGAGCAGGCUGCUACCCGCAAGCCUUGUGAGCCCGCGGGAACUCCCCCUGGGUGCGCAAGGCUUGCGGACACCUGCCUGAAGCAUGGGGCGUCCUCCAGAGGGCGCCCCAUGCUUCGGGCUGCUGCCCGCAAGCCUGGAGAGCCUGUGGGAACUCCCGCCGGGCUUGCAAGGCUUGCGGAUAGCUUCCUGAAGCCUGGAGAGCAAGAGGGGUCGGUGCGCACCGAUGCCUCUCGCUCUCCAGGCUCCAGCGAAAGCUUGCAUUUGCCCCAUAGGACGCACACACAUUUCCCCUUCGUUUUUGGAGGGGGAGAAGUGCGUCCUAUAGGGCGAAAAAUACGGUAGUUAGCAGUAACACUGGGAAGUUCCCUUGCACAAACCCUGGUGAAGUAGACCCAUUCAUUUCAAUGUGGUUUGUGCAGAGAACAUAUUCUACUGGUGAAUGAAGCCACUUGAGCCUCUCUUGCAGUUUGCCAGCCUUAAUGACAGGUGCCUCACGAUGAGGCCAUGCCUGGAUAAUGCUUCCUGCUCUGAGGCCCUCAGUGUUUCUCAAAGUGUGUGGUAUUGGGAAGACAUCUACUGAUGGGGCUAUUUUGAAAUGUUGUCCCACUGCAUAACAGGCACUGAACAGGCUUCUUGCAGAUUGUUACUAUAAGCCUGGUGUUAAUCUUGAUACACAGAUUUAUAGAGGUGCUUCCACCAUCUCCAGUUGCCUCCCAAGUUGUGUGCCCAGUGCAGCAGCCUUGGUGCAACACCUAGUAAUCUUAUCUUCUCAUUUUCUUCUGUGUUGUCCCCGAGUUUACUUUUCUCCUGUGCAUCUCAACACAGAAGAGUGAAAAAAGACAGCAGGGAGGUGAAAAGCAGAGGAUAAAAUGAAAGGAAUUCUGCAGCCAUCAGAUGGCCAAGAAAAAUACUGAAUCCAAACAAUGAACAUGGCAAUUUUGUCUCACAGGCUGCAUUCCCUAGUCAUCUUCCAGUGGGGAGUCAGAAGCAGCCAAGAAAUCUUGGGCUCAUUGCCUCAUCAACUUGCAUGGGCAAAUGUGUGUGUGUAUGUAUGUGUUUGUCCGAGUAAGAAAGAGAAUGGUGUACACAUAGAGGCCUAGUGAAAUGAUGUAAGGCUGGAAGCCCAUAGCCACAAACUUGCCUCUGCUGUUUUAUGCCAUGGGCCUCAGGCACCUCCAAACUUCCAAUGUGUGUCAGCUGGUGAGCUGCUCUAUGUGCAUUUGGUCAUGAAAGGUUGCAUGAUUUCUUGCUCCGCCCCCCCCCCGGGCCUCCUGCCAUUCAUAGGCCACUUGUGUUUCUUUUUGUAGUGUGAACUCAAAUAUGGAAAUCCAGUUAUUGGGUUUGCAUUAUCAUAUCUCAGCAUGAAACAGAAGCGAGAUCUUGUUGCUAAAGCCAUCUGUAGUUUUUGCCACAUCAGUUUGGUGCUGCCAGUGCAUUGCUUGAAAGUACCACCAUGUGGUACUCACUACAAGAGAGCAUAUGUUUGCUUCUUUCUGAGGGCCUGUCUCAUCUACGAAGUGCCAGGAGUUGAAAUCUAGAUGUUCCCAGUCUGUGCUUAUCAGAACUUUAUUCCAGGGUAUUUGAGCCAGAUAGAUUUCCUUCUGCUGGUGCUCAGUCAUUCACACUUGCCAGACUGUGCUAGGCCUGGCUCCAAAACAAAAAAACCAUAACUUCUUAGUGACUUGUAAUAAUGAGACUUCAGAAUAUUUUGCAGACCACUUGAACCGUUUCUCCCUUUUUCAUACUACAGGUUGGAAAUAAUUAUAGCCAUUCAGAUAAGUCCACAAAAGUUGGUAGCCCACAAAAAAGUUCACAAAUACCAUGUGGCACACCGACAGCAUGAAAACCAGGAAUCUAAUUCCUGUACAGUUUCCAAGAGUUUCAUUACCUGCUUCAACCUACAGAUGAGCAGGUGACCAUGGCAUGAAGGAAGUCUUGAAGGAUACAUGCAGGAGGUCUGGCAGGCUGCUGUGUUUGGUAAAGACAAUUCAGGACUUCCUCUGCUUGAUGUGGGAUUGGGCAUGAAAGCUGGGAUUCGCUUCUGCUGGAAGCUUGGAGGUCCUCUUUUUCUCUGCAGUUCUGAAUCGGAACUCUGCAAGCACUUGGUGGAAGAAGUAGGUCCUGUUUUUAAAGCAAGACACGGGAGGUGAAGGGUGAGAGAAGAAACUGGUCCUUAUUCUAGAACAAUUUGUUCCAUCUGUCUGCACUGAGCAACAGGUUCUCACAUAUGGUAGCAAGAUGCGUGGCUGUUGGUUAUGAGGUCUUCUGGCGAAGGUUGGGAUUAGUAGUUUCAGAAGAUGGUGCAUGUAUAGAAGGGAGAGGAGAAAAUAGAAAAAAAAAAUGCUCUCUGAAUUCAUACCUAUCCAGCUAGGAUGCUAUACUAAAACUCUCCCUAGAUCUUCCAGCAGUGAAAUAAUGAAAGAGCACAAUAACUUUUACCAAAUCUUAUGUGAGCUGAAGGCCAUCUCCUGCAAUGGAUCAUUCCCCUACCCUCCACCAGCACACUCCUGCUGUACACGAAAAGCACAAAAAGCCUCUCCAGAGAGUUUUAGUCUGGACCUACUGAAUAUUGUGGGCUGUUUUUCUAUGGGGCUGCAAUUGGAGGGGGAGGAACCUCCCAAGAAGGCAGACAUCUUGCACUGCAAACUGACUGGAAUCCAUUCUCUCUCAGGAUGCUUCAACCCAAAUUGCCAGCCUCUCUCAUAUUUUACCAACCACCCCCACCCCAAAUAAUUUUUAACAUGACUUGUCAUAUUUCUCCAGAGCUGUCUUAUGAGUCCGUGUUUGUUCCAGCUUGGACAUGUUUUUGGUGGCUUGAAGUGGUUGGGAGGGGAGCAAUUAGUGGUCAUAUGUAUAUACUAUGAGGACAAACCAUCUUCGCCCCAACCCAGCACCUCCUCUCCACAGAUGUUAAUCUGGAAAUCAUUUUGGACUAGCAUCCGGGGCAACAGGCAAUUGUUUGCAAUAAUUAUAUGGAAACUUGAUAAAAAGUGCAUUUUUGGUUUUUGCCAAUGAGUCAUGAUACGGAUAGAGGAAAAAUCCUUGCCACGUUGAACUCUGCAAAAAAGUGUGUGUGGGGGGGAAUAUGGAGAUGGUCCCCAGAUUAUCCCUCUCUCUAGUUAUGCUGUUUUCUUCUUUGCCUGCUGUCCUGGUGCUGACAAUUAUCCCAAGCACUCUGUGUGCCUGGUUCUGUCAUUUUCAAUAAGCGGGAGACAAGCAUUGUCAGGAAUUCUUGCAAGGGCUAGCUGGAAAGGGGAAAUAGUGCCUGGGUGCCAGAUAUUUUGUACAAGCUGUUGGGAGUUGAAUAAUCCUUUUGGAAUGUUUAUUUCAGUGACCAUCUAAUCGUGUAUUCCUAGAAAGAAAUGUGAGGAGCUAGACAGCAUCUGCGUUUGGCUCUUCCUCCUAAUGUACAUUGAAUGUAUGCACAGGUAUACGAUGCUCUACAGAUAUCCAAGAUCAUAGGGUAGAUUCGAAGGGACACACUCUUAAUUGUAAGAUUUAUUAACAUUUCUUUCUUUGUUUGAUGGUAUUUACCUGUGUUGAGUCUUGACUUUUUGAAGUCUUCUUCACAAAAGAAAGUACUACACACAAUACACACUUUUAACAUAUGGUCUCCAUUAGGACAAGCCUGGCCUCCUGCUUAUAUGACUGUUAAAAAGGAUUCAGCAAACUCACAUCAGUGGUAGUCAGGACAGCUUAACUGCAAACAUUUAUGACACUUACUAGAGGCCACAUUUACCUGGAGGGCAAGCGGCAGAGGCAGCCAGCUGUCUUAAUCUUGCUGCAAAUGCAAGCUGCCUGAUCAACAAAAGGCAACAGGUGGGCUAAUAAUGUAUUGGCAAUGUUUAUGUAACCAGAAAGCCUUUCCACAGUUGAUAUCUAUAUCAAAGUUUGGUUGAGAAUGAACUGGAGCUGGGUGGUGCUGCAAGCAAAGCAGCAACAAACAGCAACUUUUGCGUGAGAGCUGAUCCAUGAUCACUUUAUGUACCUUUGAGGACUAUUAACUUGCUGAUGAAGAAAUAUCGUUGAAGCAGUUCAUUAUCCUGGAAGAACUGUUCUGUUUGCUGUUUGUUGCUGCUGUGCUUACAGCACCACCCGGCUCCAGUUCAUUCUCAAGCAAACUUUGAUAUAGAUAUCAACUGUGGAAAGGCUUUCUGCCUCAACUUCAGUGUUUCUUUGUGGUUACACACCAUUCUAAGCAUUCCUGUUGAUGGAAUAUUCAUUUGACUUCUAUUAGUCCGUGACUUCUUGCACGUAUUAUAUGGCUUUUGUUUAUGAAUUAAGAAACAAUUGAUAGUGUUUCAUAAAUAUUGCCAAUGCAUUAUUGGCCCACGUGUUGCCUUUUGUUGAUCAGAUUGUUUUGUGUUGUAACACAGGGGGUUUUCUUUGUCUCAUACUUCUCCUUGGAAGCUGAUCAGCUGCUGUUGGAGGCAGAAUCCUGCCCAGCUGGUGUAAUAAUGAGGUUGCAGCCCUGGUAGGAAGCCUCAUCAAAAGGGCUUACUUCUGAGUAGGCAAGUGUAGGAUUGCUCUGUGAGAGAGUUUCCUGGGAGGUUGAUGGUUUAAAUCUCGUCUGUGCUAUGAGCGUAUGAGGUAGCCUUGGACAAACCACAGUCACUUAGUGUUAGAUCCCUUCACCCUCAAUGCUUGCAGCACAGGGAUAGUAGUCACCUUACAGGACUUUUGUGAGGAUUACUUCAGUAAUGUGUGUAAAAUGUAGAUUGUUAUCUGUCUGUCUAUCUGUGUGUCACUCUGGCUUUCCUUUUAACUAAAAAGCGUGUAAACUUAUAUGAGAACCGCUCUUUUCUUAGCAUUGGCCCUAAAGCUAUUACCUUAAACCUGCGCCAUCAAUCUAAAGCAAUCACCCAAUACGUUUUGACAAAAGUGCUAAGAGGUCUCUGGGGGCUAGUCUGUGGUUAAAGAAAAAUAUAACAAACAAAAAUUCUGUGCCAAGCGAAACUGAAUACUACAACAUGCAGUACUUUGAAGAUUCAGCAUAUUUUACAACAUAGUUUAUUCUGCUUAGUUGCCCAUGCAUUACAAACAUAUACCAUAUUUUUCGCUCUGUAGGACACACUUUUUCCCCUCCAAAAAUUAAGGGGAAAUGUGUGUGCAUUCUAUGGAGUGAAUGCAGGCUUUCGCUGAAGCCUGGAGAGCGAGAGGGGUCGGUGCUCUCCAGGCUUCAGGAAGAUAUCCGCAAGCCUUCGGAGCGUGGCGGGAGUUCCCGCCAGGCUCCGAAGGCUUGCGCAUAGCAGCCUGCAGCCUGCACCCCGGGCCUCGGGCAGCUAUCCGCAUGCCUUCGGAGCGCGGCGGGAGUUCCUGCCGGGCUCUGAAGGCUUGUGGAUAGCAGCCUGCAGCCUGGGGAGAGCAGUGCCAACUCCCACUGCGCUCCCCGGGCUUCAGGCAGCUAUUCGCAAACCUUUGGAGCGCUCCCCCAGCCCGCAAGCUCUGGGAGCGGCAGCAAGGCUGCACAAGCUUGCCUCCACGUCCGGACCUGUUCUGGGGGCUGGGAUCGGGGGAAGCUCGGGCUUCCCCCGCCCCAGCCCCGCGCCUAAAAACGAAGCCGCGCGCAGCCGCUCCCGGUUGGAGAGGUUGUGCGUGGCUAAAGAGGAAGCCAAGACAGCCAGCAGAAUGGAUCCCGCUGGCUGUCUUGGCUUCUUUGCUCUUUGGGGUUUUGGGGGGGGGGAAAUAAUUUUUUUUCUUUAUUUCCCCCCCUAAAAACUAGGUGCGCCCUAUGGUCCGGUGCGCCCUAUGGAGUGAAAAAUUCGGUAUUUGCAGCCGUAAGUGCCAACAGCUUAAAAAGCAAUACUGCCAAGACUCUUGGGAAACUGAAUUUUGUGUUCAGUUUCCUUUUCUGUUUGCAUAAAAUCCUGGCAUGUUUGCACUAACUUGGACUCCCAGGAUUAUUUGGGACCGUAAAGGUUGCAAAUGCCAUUGUACAAUGUUUCAAGGAAUUGCCAGGUGGACCUUGGAGCUUCUUUAAUCUUUCUAUUGAAAUGACCUUCCUUGCGGCAAUUCUCAUCAGCCCUGGCCAGCAUGGUCCAGUGGUGAGGGAUGAUGCGACUUGGUCCAAAACGUUUGGGUGACAUCAGGUUGAAGAAGUCUGUCUUAGACUACUGCUCAGCUUAUUCACUUAAGUCACAAGAAACUUUGUGACUCUGGGAGGUGUCAGAUGUAAUUUGUAGUCAAAUUAAUGCAGUAUGUUCAUAUAUUAUUAUAUCUAGUUAUUCUCAUUGUCAGUAGUAUUUUCAUUGUUUUUGACCCCAGAGCAGUCUCCUCUUCUGUCUUCCUGCUCACUCAAUGCCCUUUUCUUUUUUCCAGCCUUUUGAAGCUGAUGGCUGGUGCGACACUGCCAACAACCGGGCCUACUGCCAGUACGAUGGAGGGGACUGUUGCUCCUCCACUGUCUCCUCCAGGAAGGUAGGUGGGAUGUUGGGGGUCCAUUAGUUUAGGAGAGUGCUUAAUCCUUGCCCUGCCAGUCUGUAUUCUCCCAGUCACCUCCCUAAGCUGCUGUUACCCCCGCAAGCGAGAAUUGCAAGGUAAGCACCAGCCCAGAACAUUGGUUAGGGUAAGAGUAGCCACACGAGUAAAGGCAUUCAGUGUGGGGAGAGUUUUAGGGGGAAAUUGACUGGUAGUGGAGGGGUAAGCACUCCGCAUUCUCAUUCCAAUGCAAAAUGCCCACCUCCCAAGGGCACCUUGCAAUGAAGAAGGGGCUCCAAGUUGUCUGCUGUUGCCGCAUUACAUGCAGUGGCGGCUGGGGCCUGUUGGGACUGGUGAGGUGGAAGUAGGAAGCCGUUAGAUCCAGUAGUAGGGGGAACCAAAGCCAAUGGCAAGGAGAGCCAACCCAUUCUGGUUUUGUGCCCGUCCUGCUCCCUACAAGGGCAACAUGGAGACCAAGGAGGAGGAAACUGACAGGCAGACUGGUUGCAACUUAAACAGCAGGCAGAUGUUGGUGGGGCAGCACCACAUCUGCCCCAGUGAGAACAUAAGAAAAGCAUGCUGGAUCAGGCCAAUCUAGUCCUUCACCCUGUUCUCAUGGCCUCCACUGGCGGUAUGUAGUUUCCCCCUUAGCUACUUACCAAAAAGCAAUUAGCUUCAGACACUGCUUAGAUCAGGGGUCAGCAAACUUUUUCAGCAGGGGGCUGGUCCACUGUCCCUCAGACCUUGAGGGGGGCUGGACUAUAUUUUGGAAAAAAAAAUAUGAACAAAUUCCUAUGCCCCACAAAUAACCCAGAGAUGCAUUUUAAAUAAAAGAACACAUUCUACUCAUGUAAAAACACGCUGAUUCCCAGACCAUCCGUGGGCCAAAUUCAGAAGGUGGUUGGGCCUUAGUUUGCUGAUCCGUGGCUUAGAUUAUGAGGUUAAAGGUGCAGGUAAUAGAAUCCACAAGCCCCACCCCCAGCUUCCCCCAAUUUAAGCCAAAUCACGUCACUCCUGUAGCCUAAAACAGUGUUAAGUGGGCUAUUGCAAAAAAUAAAGGGAGGCAAGUCCUCCUCCAGUGAAAUAGCUUAGCUAUAUAGCUGGGUGCCUUAUUAGCAUUUAAAAAGGACCUUGCUUAGUGCUGAUUCACACAUACAAGUACAUUGUUUUCCCUCCUACAUUUAAUUAUAGUUGAUGACUGGCCAUUUAAUGGUUGAACUGACUGUACUGAAAAGCAUUGUAUCUGAAAUGGUAUAACAACUUCUGGUUGUGCUGCUGUGACUUUCAUGGUCCAUCCACAUGUGCAAAUUAUGGAUAGGCAUUCAUAUGUGAACCAGUUCCAGUGGUUUGCAUAUCUUUCCUGUUAACAGUUCUGCUAGUGCCUUUUCCAUGAAUGAAUGGAGCUUUUGCAAGUGAUGCUUGAACUGCUUGAUCUCUGUAUAUUCUGAUAUGAACUGACCUGACCCACAGUUCCCUGAUCACAGCUCAUUUACCAACUCCCUGAAAGUUGUGAUUCAUUUCCCUGCUUUAAAAAUAGUAAGCUGUGCUUUAAAAUGUGUCAUUUGAGAGCAAAUAUGUUAGAAAUGCAUAGAUGUGAAUUUCCAUGUGGUUUAAAAAAAAAACAACCAGGUGCAAAUAUGAGACGGACCAGACAUCUACCUGGCAUUUGUGAAUGUGGACUUUUAAAGCCUUGACCUGCCUGGUUCUUGACUAUGUAAGCACCUUUAGCAUAGCCAGUGUGGAGCAUGUGUGUGCGCGCCAGACCCAUUUUGCUGUGUUCAGAGUCUGUGGCAGAUGUGCAGGCAUUGCAGGAUAGACAGGUCAGUUUGGAAAUUGCUCCAAAAAGGUACAAAUCUCUGGUAUAGGAGGAAAUAGCUGGUAUAGGAGGAUGAAAGCCCUAUAUUUGGUGUCAAACGGUUGAUCCAUUGAAAGGUUGUCAUCUUGCUUGCUUAGCUUCUUAAGUGGCUGUUGUUGCUGUUAGAUCAGGCAUAGGCAAACUUGGCCCUCCAGAUGUUUUGGGACUACAACUACCAUCAUCCCUAGCUAACAGGGCCAGUGGUCAGGGAUGAUGGGAGUUACAGACCCAAAACAUUUGCUGUUAGAUUCACCAGAAGGUCUCAAGAGUGGGCUACAGCAAUAUAAAACAACAGCAUUAUAAACAGUUUAAAACAAAUUACAAUUGCAGCUAGAUUGUGUUCUAAAAAUAUAUCUUGUAAGUGUCAAAGGCCACUGUAAAAAAAGCUAUACAAUGAACAUGCUGGAUGCAUCUCGGUGGGGAAGGGAAUUCCACAUCUUAGGAGCUGCCACAGAAAAUGACCUCUCCCAGGUCUCCCCCUGCCCCACAAAUGCAUCUGAAGGUGCUACCAAGAGGGCCUCCUCUGCUGAUCUUAACACCAAAGUCUGUAGAGAAGAUAUUGGUACCCAAUACAUUUAGGGCUUUAAACAUUGGUGUGAGUACCUUAAAUUGGACCGAGAAACAAACUGGCAACCCAUGCAGCUAUUUUAAAAGAGGAAUUAUAGGAGUUCUAAUGGGAACCCCAGCCUGUUGGCGUUUAACACCAGGUCGGUCUUAAAUGUUGGCCGGGAUCUUUUGUUAUUCUGCAGUCCUGUAAAUCAUAUAUGGCCAUCCUCCUUUGGGUUGGGACUCCGCUUAGUUCCUUCUUCUUGAUCAUAUUCUCUUGCCACCUGCAUGUUAUCUGUACAAAAGAUCUUGAGUCAUCCUCGCUCCAGAUAUGUCCAAGUCUGGUUCUUCUCUUCCAUCCUUUUUUGUUGUGCAUCUUGAAUCAUUUUUCGUUCCAUCACUCAGGAAGAAGAGAAGGGUUUGGGAGUAUAGCUCUUGGGAUCUUGUGCCCAGAGCAGAGCCCAUUCCCCUCUUGACAUCUUGGUGAUGGAGGGAAGAGUUUUGCUGGAUGGCAGAGGUCAAUGGCUUGAGGAAACACAGUGCUGGUGAAGCUUCCUCUGAGCAGCAGCCAAACAAAACAGCUGAGAAGGGUUGACUCUGUAGAGCUGGAGUGAGACAUUGGGCAUCACUGCAAAAUACCCAGUCAAUCCUGCUUUUUUUGUUUUAUUUGAACUGAUUCAGGUCAGGCAAAGAGUUUGGUCUCAAAGGUCAAAUAGCUCAAAUAGCCCUUUCAUCAGGUCAGAAUGACAAAAUCUGAAAAGCUUUCAAGAGAACAGCAAACACUUAGUGCACUGAAUCUGGUUUGUGUAAGGCUCUAGGCCAGAGAUGGCAUGCCAGAUCUCCACUAAUUUUGCCUGCUUUUUUCAUUCUGGCUGUUAAUACCAAGUGCGGGACCUGCUUUCAGGUGGAUGGACUCUGCUCCCUAAGCAAGCUUCUUGCCCCCUCUCCCCAGGUGGUCGUAUUUCCUAUCGGCUGUGACCGGGACGAGUGCACCUGUCGAGACCCAGCCGCAGAAGAGAACCAGUGACAGCAGCCAGGGCCGCUUGUGCCGUCUGGGAAGCGAGUGGAGGAUACGACACAGGCUUGAGGAGGAGCGGGACGCAGGGCUGAUGGGAAGGACUCCAGUGGAACGCAGGGGCACAGAGACCUGGUGCUAUGGGAGGCAUAAGCACGUAUGGAAGAAAGCAAGCAAUGACAAGGAGGCAGAGAGCAAGCGAGGGGAAGGAGCGCCAGGGAGGAAGCAAACAGCCUUACAACACCCAUUCAGCUUCUUUCCCAUCGGAAUCAAGGUGCCGGCCAAGGGCCUGUUCCACAGCCUUGUCAGCUCUGCCGGCAAGCUGGCUCUGGAUCAGGCCCCCGAGGCUGCCUUCAGUGCAUUACUGUAUAAAUGGUUUGCCACCUACAACUGUCUUUGCUCUGAAUUUUGUCAGUCUGCCCAGCUACCCUCAUUCACUGUCUAGGGCUUGAUUUUUUGCAAAUGCAGGGGGUGGGGGGUGGGAAGAGAGGGGAAAGUGAUUUGUCUGCAAAUAUUUAAGCAUAAUUUUAUUACAAAUCUAUAUUAUAUUUUUAUUUGCUGAUCAUUAAGCUAAAACGUGCUGCUGUGAAGUAUGGGACAUCAGAAAACUUGGUGUCAGAUGCAGAGGGAUUUCCAGACGCAGAAGGAUUUCUGGUUUAUGCGAACGGCAGAGUCAAGUAGUAAUGUUGUUGUUGUUGUUUUUCUGGUGUAAGAUUGCAUGUUUGAAGGCCCCCUCCAGCCCCACACAGCCCCCCCUUCUUCUUGACAUUCUAUUUGUUUUUCCUUAUGGGCAGAGAAUAUUGGUGGUGCAGUCCAGGAAAAGCUUUACCAUUUGAUUCUGCCCACUGCAUAAACUGGCCACAAGAUGGGUACUUCAGUGUAACAGGAGAUCCCCACCAGUCUCAGAUAAUUGGUACCUAUAAAGGCCAAAGGCUACAACAGAAAAUCUGCACAUUUGAACAUUAAAAAGAACACUGUUUUUAAAGUAACUUAACAUUACUGUACUGGGUCCAUACAUCAGGGCAGACUUGCAAACAAGUCUACAAGUAACUUGUCUUCAGUUUUGCUAUCCUAGCCUUCCCAUCCAGGAGUGUGUUUCCCAUGUUGUGUCCAGAAAGACACAGCUUUCUAAAAAGCUUUCCUGUUUGGACACAGGUGGGAGAUUCUUCCAAUCCUGCAACAGGGGACCCAGAGAUGCUUCACAUAGUCUAAUGGGCAACUUUUGUGGGCUUUUACUGCUGAACUACAGGGGUCACCAACAUUUUUGGACUUGCAGGCACAUUUCAAAAUCCAAGUUAGUGCUGUGGGCACCAGUCACAAAAAUGGCUGCCAUGGGAGUAUAGUCGUUCCAACGGGGAGUCAUGUACAUUCUGCUGCUGCUGAUUCCGGAAACAACACAAUAUUGACACACACAUACUGGUGCCGUGCUCAAACAUAUACCAUAUACAUCUCUCACAGAUUACACACAAUUACCUCUCCUUUUCUGCCACAGCCACCUGCAGACCACACAUGCAACUCUUCCUUUCUCUGCUCAAAUGUAUUUCUCAAUCACAAACACACACAGUAUGCCUAAGCACCCCACACACAUUCAAAAAGGAAAAGAAAAACCCUCCACAGAUGAAGGAACGGCCUGUCCACCCCCUCAAAAAGAAAUCCGUUUUUGUUGUGAUCCCUGCUCUAGAAUGCACACAGCACUGUGAUACUUUACUGCUCCAGAACACCAUGUGGUAUAUGUUUUCUCCGGACAAGUGGUUCUCAAGUUUUAUUCUGUGGAGUGUUACCACUGCGUUCUCACAGUGAGAAGAUCAGUCCUGGCAGAGCAAGACACACACAACCACGCAAGAGAGCUGGCUCACUACCAGGCACAGCUGCAGGAAUGCAAGGUGGGAUAGGUUGCACUCUAGUUUCACAGGGCAGUGGUGAAGCCCAACAUUAGCAUUUCAAGGGAAGCUCCAAAUGGCAGGAGCUAAAGCUUCCCUUGAAAAGCAACUGGCGGCUUCAGAGAUUUUUGUUGGGCCAGGGGCAGGGAGCGAAGGAGUUAAACUUCCCACCCAACCUGUUCCUAAGGCAAUGUAGGCUAACCUGCAGCUGCUCUUUUUUAUAUAUAUAAUACAUUUUGCCCAGAGAUGCAUGCAUUGCAUCUAACCACCAAGCAGUUGCUGUAUCCUGCAUAAAAUAAACCUCUGAAAUGUCACAAGCUGCAGGUGGCCUGGGCACUGCCCACACCAAAAGCCAGAUGCCACUUCUGAGACACACCAUGAUGUGUGCCCCAAAGGGCAUAUAGCUUAUUCAUCCUUCUCCUCCUAAUUUCUGCCUAAAACUAGCACCUACGUACUAUUUGGUGGUUGUCACAACCUUGCUGUAAAAUACUCUGAAAUUAAGCAAUUGCUGCCAGGCACUCUUUUGGAAGACUCUGGCUCAGAAGGUUCUGGACCUCACUGUAGGAUGUUCUAUAUGAUUUGGACUGGAAUUGCCUAAUGCUAUGUGAUGCCUCAGAAUAGCACAGUCUGGAAUAUAACAAAUACUCAUGACCUAAAUGCUAAUAAGGGCAAAACUGCAUGCUAAACUGGAAAACGUGUGUUUGCCAAUCAAUAGCAAUAGCAGGAGUGGAGGGACGAUGCACAUAGCAUUCCCCUUCCCCAUCAGUUUUUUUCAAGAAAGCCCCACACAUCCCUUGCAGGCCAGGCUUGUUUCAAGUUUUGGAGGUAGCUGAGAUGAAAUGGUUGGCGAGAGGAGUUGCAUGGGAGAGUCAGGCAAGGGGAGGAACUUGUUGGUGGAGCCUUCCUGCAACCAUGUAGACCGAAAGUAGCUUAAAAAAACAAAACUAAACAGAACCACAAAAGUGAUUUGUAGGGCUGCUUAGGAGUAGGUGACCCUCAGAACUAUAGUUCUAUGAUUACAUUUAGAUGUGCAUACAGGGUUGUUGGCUCCCCCCAUACACCUGAACAUGUAACAUAUGGGUGAGACAGUAACAUGUCUGGAAACACAUGUAUGACUCACCAGAGAGUGAGGGCUGGCAUUCAGCCCAUCAGAGAGGCUGAUGGUCAGGAAGGAACUUGGCUGAAUAGGAGGGUGGCAUUUGAAGCAGCAUAGCUCAUUUUACAAACUCAGCAUGAGUUCCUGAGAGAGAUGACAAUUCCUGUCACCAGCACUUCCAAUUUGUUUAGGCGCACCAUUUCACUGCCUGUAAAGGGAAGACAAAAUGCCAGGAAGCUGCUUCUCGUCUGGGUACAAAAGAACAAGUUGCGUAGAGUUGCUUUGGAUGCUAUUUUGCUGCACAAGCACAGGUUGCACAAGUCCAGUGUGCUUCCUGUUCCUCUACACCAGCAUCACUACCAAAAUUCAGACUCCAGAUCGUUUCCAUGAUGAGAGCCAUGUAAGCCGUUGGCACAGAGAUAUCGAACGUGUCUCCCAGGUGGGAGGCAAUGAAUGUUUUGAGUAAGACAUAUUUUUUUUUGUGGAAGAACAGGAAGCUUCUCCUAUUCCUCUGCAGCAAGGUACCAUUUGAAGCUGCUGCGAGACACUAAGAGAACAGCUUUGGCAGACCAUAUUCCUUUUGAAAUAAUGUCUAAUUUCUGAGCCAGGCAAAGGCUUCUUCUCGUCAGAGGUUUAUACAAAAGUUAGUUUUGAUUAUUGCCUAGAGCUGCUGCACUUAACAAAGAACCUCUACGUGUGGACUGUAGACGUGUUUUAAUAUCAUCAUUAUCAUCAUCAUCAUUAAAAAGGGUUUGACAGCAAAAAUUGGUCCAAUCAAACACAUCCAAUGGCACGUGCAGGUGCUUCAAAGCACAAAACCAGCUCUGGAUUUGGGACAUUAUCUUCAUAGAAAUGGUCCCAUUAUAAUAAGGGUUCAUCACGGAGGCUGAGUUGGGGCUUUAUUUUCUGAUGUAUUGGAGAAACGUGACCCUACAUUCGCAGCAGCCGUGUCUUUUGACACCUUAGCCAGUUGCUUCAUAUACAACUCCUUCAGCAGAGAUUCCAGACUUCAAAAAGGUACAUGCCUGGUUGGUCACCUGGCUACCAGACAGCUUUCUAGUUUGUCUAAAACAGGCAUUCCAGUAUUAAUAACUUCCAGUGUUUAAUAAAUUGUUAACUCCCCCAAGGACAGGGCUGAAGGUUUAGGAUGAAGAAGCCACAUUCAGCCGGAGAAGCUGAUGGCAGGCCAGUGGGAAAAUUAAUUGGGGUGAAUUGCUUCUUUUUACGGUUCAGGGGAUAUGGGACUUCCUUUAGCAACUUGGAGCAUCUUGUCCCCUUUUGGAGGGAGGGUUUUAUUCACAAUUGAGGCUGCUGCUAUUUUAUUUUAUUUUAUUUGUAUUUGAUAAUUAUUUUUUAUAAAAAUCUAUGGAAAUAAAUAAUCUACCUAUCCUCGUGUCUUUCCCCAUUUUGCUGCCUGUGACUUGAAAGCGAAAGUAUUGUCUGCAAAGAAAGGCAAGAUCAGCCCGACAAAAUGGACAGCGACAUCGUUUGAGCAGAUUUAACCAAGGAAAUAAACACAAACCUGCAAGUU